AUGCUGAAAGUUGGUAUGUAGAACAGGCUUGCUGAAUGACACAUGUUUCUGAAUUCAUUGAUACUGUUCUUUAGGGUGAUCAAUCCACUUGAUAAAAAUGCAACAAGGCAUUCAGUGAUAUUUCAGCGUCCACAAUCUCGAAACAACUUCAAAUACCCUCAGAAGAAAAGUAACAAUGGAAUAUAACUGACCAAGUCACAAGGGAGAAAUAGCUUGUUAGUUUUAAUACUGACAAUUGUGAAUGACUUUUCUCUUGCUGUUGUUUUAUCAUCAUCAUCAUCAUCAUCAUAACUACUAAUUUCUUGCCCACUCUUCACCAUAGGGUCACAAGGCAGGUUACAGCAAUUUUAAAAUGCCAUAUUAAAACAGUUAAAAGCAAAUGACAGUCACAAAAAAUAAUGAUUACAUUUUAUUUUCUUCCCGUGACGGAGUGAGCUCCUGUUGCUCGGUCCCUGCUCCUGCCAACCUAGCAGUUUGAAAGCACAUCAAAGUGCAAGUAGAUAAAUAGGUACCGCUCUGGUGGGAAGGUAAAUGGCAUUUCCGUGUGCUGCUCUGGUUUCAGUGUUCCAUUGUGCCAGAAGCGGCUUAGUCAUGCUGGCCACAUGACCCGGAAAAACUGUCUGCAGACAAACGCUGGCUCCCUCAACCAGUAAAAUGAGAUGAGCGCCGCAACCCCAGAGUCGUCUGUGACUGGACUUAACUAUCAGGGGUCCUUUUCCUUUUUAUUCUAUUCUGACAACAUGUAGUGUAGGCAGAAUUCUGCUCAUAUGAUUUUAAGAUAUGUAUAUUUUACCUUUUGUGUGAGGCAGAAGAUCUGAUGUCACGUGGGAAAAGAAUAUUGUUCCCUAGAAUACACAACAGGCAGGUAUUUCUUUUGUAUUCCAAGUCUUAACUGACUGUCAUUUUUGGAGUCAUCACUCCAGAUUUCCCCCCUCCCCCAUGUGAAGAAUCUAAUAUUUAAGCUACCUCCUGGUUAUUAUCCUUGGAAAGGCCUGAUCACAUGAUCCUCCCACCAUUCCCUGUUGAAUAGCUAUUAGAGGCCACUGUACUUUCUAGCAAGUGGAAGUUUUGUCCUCAUAUGGUUAUUUCUUGCAUUGUUGUGUCAAGCAUCAAAGCAGCAGCAUUAGAGAAUAUUCUCUCUUGAGCAGGAAAAUGGUUGCUUUUAUUUUUGUUUAUUUAACGUAAUUUGUAUACCUCUCAAUUGCAGAAGCCUCCAAGCAGUUCACAUAAAAGAUAAAACAUACACCAAGACUAUCAAUAGAAACCAAAACAUCUUGACCCUGAAAAUUCAAAAUAUAAAUAAAACCAGCAGUUUAAAAUAUGCAUUAUUUAAAAUAAAAUCACAUAUUUUAUCACACACACCUAUUUACACACUGGGGUAAGCUUGUCUAAACAAAAAUAUUUUAGCAGGCACUAAAAACAAUACGGUGAAGGCCCUGCCAAAUGUCAAGAGGCAGGGAGUUCCAGAGGGAAACUGCUGCAACAUUGAAAAAUGGAUUCCUUACAGGUGUUGGAUGAAUAUUGUGUGGCACCUGUAGAAGUGGUUGGGGUGUUUGAGUGGGUCAAAGCAGCAGCGUUAGAAAAUAUUCUCCAUUAAGCAGGAAAACUAUUUCACAGGGAUCCCUUUCCUAACAUUGCUUCACCUUGAGUGGCACUUCAGGACAACUGGUACAGAAAGCCAGCCUCAAAUGUGCUUGAGGGUGGAUAUCACAUUUUAAGUGUGGUAAUUAUUGUAAUUUCAAUAAUGAUUUCUUGAACAUUUAUCAAAAUCAAUUUUGAACGUCCACCCCCUUUGCCAUUCAUGAUGUGUAUGUAACUCUCAUUAUGUGUACUGUUUCUCUCAUUUGCCAUUUGGAAUUCAUUUUCAAUACCAACAGGAAUAUUUACAUGUGUAAAUAUUUGCAAAUACAUGUAAAUACAUUUGUAAAUAUUCCUGUUGUCAAAGGUAUUGGCUAGAAUGCUCUGGAAUGCAGAGAGAAAAGGAUCUUGAACAUAGGGGUGCCAAUUUUGCUGCCAUGUCUGAAUACUCAUAGAAAUGUUUUUCAAUAUAUAUUCAGCUGUAGUGCGAAUUCUUUGUGGAUGGUGUGUGUGUGUGAAAGAGUUUGUGUGUGCCUUCCGAUGGGGACUUAAUAUUACAACUGUUAGCAUCAUCGUUAUUUUUGGAUAUAAUUGGAUUUUUCCUAGAAAGGGUGUAUCUACAUUAAAGAAGCAAAAAAUCCAGGGUGGUAUUUUGAUGACAAUAAUGUUACAUGGACUCUCGGGUGUAUGUGUGUGAUGACAACACCCUUCCAUGCAUGAGUACCAAUCCCACAAUAAACAUCCGCCUAGAAAGAGAGGAAGAUGAGAAAGAAAGAGAAACAAUGAGGAACGGGCCGAGGGAGGCAGGAGAUUAAAUAGCAGUCUGUUCCAAAAAUAGGAGAUUAUUCACAAAAGCACAGGAAAUCGUACCAUGAUCGUGCAGUGACUAAUCAUACAGGCACAUCUGGAUUUUUUUAAAGCAAAUGACCAACACAGCCUUUAGAUGAAAUAGGGGUAGCCGCAAAUAUGGAGUUUCCUGAAAUACUGAACAGAAUUUAGGACUGUUACAUCCUGAUCUUAAUCACCUUUCUGCCCCCAAGUUAUUUUCAUUUCUGUUCGUUUCCAAGAAACUGACAAACUGAUCGGCAGGAACAUCUUUUGUAGCAAAUUAUUUUUGAAUAGAUUUUCUUUCGUGGGACCCAUGGAGGAUGUAGCUCUUGAAUCCUUCCUUAUAGGGAUGCGUAACCAGGGACCCUCCAGAUCUUGCUGGCCUGCAGCUCGCAUCAUCCCUAAUAAUUGGCCAUGCUGCCUGGGACUGAUGGGAGCAGGAGCAGCCAAAGGUUGUUUUAGUAGGUUUGUGGGAAAGAGCAUUUUGGCAGGCUCUUCUAGUCAGGCAGAGGUGAGAAAAGCACAAAGUGCCAAGACGACUUCUUUUCUUUAACAAAGUAAUGGACUGGAACCCUGUUUUCCUUUGCGUGAUCUUCUCGUCCUAUAAGAGGGAGAGAGAACCUGUGUCCCUCCACAUGGUUUUGGACUCCAGAUUCCAUCAUCUCUGACUAUUGGUCCUGCUGGCCUGGACUGAUGGGAGCCAGAGUGCAACAACAUUGAGAGGACCUUAGGUUCCCUGUUCCCGUCCUAGAAGAUAGUUUCUAAUGGAUUUUGCCUAAAAUAUCACUGAAAGGAGGACAAUAAGUAAGGAAUGCGCUGCAGCCCUAUCAAUUCGUGUAUAAGAGUGCAAAAGGAACUUGAGGCAGGGCUUUUUUUUCUCCUUGCUUGACUCUUGGUUGGUCUCCCUGUGGAUGUUAGCUGGUGUGUAGCCCAGCACCACUGAAAUCAAUGGGAUUUUGCUAUUGCCUUUCACUGGAAGUAGAUGCUUCUUUGGUUUGCUUGCUUGCUUGUUUAUUUACUGCACCCCCCCCCCGGUUUAUGGGGUAUUAGGGGAGGGGGACACGCCGUACUCCUUCUGGGGCAGUUUGGUUCCCACCCUGCACACAGCUCUCACCUGUGGCUCCUAGAAGAUGUCAGCAUGCAUCAGCGGUCCCACCUUAGGAAUGGCAAGGGUAGCUGAUGGGUCUCAAACCUCAAUGAGUUAGGGACUUCCCCUGCAUGCGAAUCAAUGACAGCAGGCAGUUAAAGGCUGAAGAUGAUGUUGAUUUCAAUAUCAUUUAUUUUAUCAAGUAAUUCCUAUAAAAUCUGAGCUUACCAUGAAUAGGGAAAUAGGUGGUCAGAUGGCUUAGGAUAAUGACAUGUCUGUGCAACUUCUUGGGUGAUCAAUAAAGGAGUCUGAAUUCAUGGUUUCACAAAAGGUUGCCCCCCCCAAAAAAACCACCCAACCUUCCACAAACCCAACCCAUCUCCAUAUGCCAGCAGGGGAGGAAGGUUUCACUGACAAGCACUGAAGUAAUUGCCUUUGUAGCUUUCCUGUAAGAUGCCAAUUUGCCAUCUCAUUAUCAGUUUGAUGGAUGGCACCAGUGUCUUAAAAUUUCUGUCAAACAUUAUGACGGUCAGAUUGUCACCUCUUGGCUAAAUACAGGUUGCCUUAAAAAGAAACUCUGAUAUGCAUGACAAAAUGUUCUCUUUGACAAGACGCCAUUGACAAGGGCUGAAAGAAAAGUACAGUUUCUGCAAAAGCCAUUGAGAACAGGGCUUUGAGGGUUGUUUUUUUGUUCCCCUUCCCAAGCUUGAGUACGGCACAAAGCACUGUUUACAGAGGUGGCUGUUUUUCUGUAGCUGAAUCCAUGUAUUUAAAGGUUGUAAAGCCCAACAGGAUGACAGGUGCUAUCUAAAAACAAGAGAUUAUACUCAGCUAAUAUUGGCAGAUGUCAUUUUAAAGGGUUUUUAACAGCCAGUUCUUAGUGAACAAGGUGAUAGCUGCUCCACAGAGUAGGAUAGAGAUGUGUGUCAAAUGCCACUGCUCCAUAAAACAAACUCCACAAAGAGUCUCACACCUUCUCUGUUAUUCAUUUUUGACCUGGCAGCUCUGAUUGGCCAUGCCUGGGAAGCAUGUGGGACCUGACUUGCUGUACAAAUGCAGCUUACUGUACAAAUUUAAGAAUCACACCUGUUGCUUCACUCACUUUUGUCUCUGAGCUCACUCACCACUGGCAUGAAGAGCCUAGAGGCUGCCCAUGAGGAAAUAUGGCACGUGAGCUGAAAAAGAUUUCCCAUCCUUGGACUUGUUUAUUGCUGCACAAAAUUAUAGCAUCAUAGCGUUGGAGAGAUCUUGUAGGCUGCCUAGCCCGAUCCCUUGCUUGCUGGCUGCAGGGAAUCCAGAGCUUGAGCAUCCUUAGCAGAUGACAGACUGGGCAACCUCAACUCAAAGGCGUUCAGUCAGGGAAAACCUACCUCCUCUCCCAAGUCACUGGUUCCCUUGACAAAUUUGCAUAUUAGCUUUAUGUUAUACAUUGCCUUGGACUUAGAUAAGAUGCACUGUAUAAAAUAUUGCAAGCAAGCAAGCAAGCAACCAACCAACCAACCAAACAAACAAACAAACAUACUCCAUGUAGGCUUAAGGCCUAAAAUCCAGGCAAAUUGUCCUCCAUUAAGAAGAGCCUGCUGGACAAGACCAAUGGCCCAUCUAGUCCAGCAUCCUGUUCUCACAUUGGCCAAGCAGCAAUUGCAGGCCUCAGAACACACUGUGGAAGGUACAGUGUACAGAACAAUUCCUGCCACUCCCUACAGGAGGAAGAGAUGUGUGGUGGUGGUAGGUGACUCCCUGCUGAGUGGGACAGAAGCAGCAGUGUGUGGAGGUUACAGGAUGUCCUGGGAGAUGUGCUGUCUUCCAAGCUCACUGACCACAAUUCUUUCUUUCUGAUUCAUGUAGGUACAAAUGAUACUGCCAGAAACAGCCAUCAAUGUUUAGCAAGGGACUAUGAGACUCAGGGUGGGAAGUUGAAGGGCACUAGGGUACAGGUGUCCCCCCCCCCCAUCACUGUUGAAGGUCAUGGCCCAGGAAGAGAGAGGAUAAUUCUGUCGUGGAAGAUGGAAAAAAAUGAAAAACACUUGUUCUCUCCUAUUCUGGAGGCUAGGAUUCAAGUUACAAGAAGGAAAUUCCAACUAGUCAGGAGGAACUUUCUGACAGUAAGAGCUGUUCAACAGUGGAACAGACUCCCACAAGAGGUGGUGGACUCUCCUUCCUUGGAGGUUUGCAAGCAGAGGUUGGAUGGCCAUCUGCCAUGGAUGGAUGGACUAUUUAAUUAUUGGGGAACCUUCUAACUCUACAAUUCUAUGAUUAUAUGUUUUAAAACUGAAUUUAUCAAAUUCGUGCUAUGUGAACCAAAGCACUUAUCUCAACUUAUCCAAAUUUCAUGAUGCAGUUCCUCAACCAGUGUUUACAAAUAGUAAAGGAAAAUGUGCACAGACACACCCAUAUAUAUUAGGAGACAUUUGCACAUAUAUUCUGAAGAAUCUUCAUGAGAAUUAUGUAUUUAAAACAUCAUUGAAGAAAUAUGGUGAACUGUAUUUAAAACUGGAGAAAUUAGAGAACUGAAACUGACGUAUCCUUCCAUUCCUAGGGGACAGAAGCAGGCUUUAAAUAUAUGUGUGUGGUGGGGAAUAUAAAAUGUGAAACAGCCCCUAAGAAAGAAAAAAAGUGAUGCAGCACACAGAGUGCAGGAAACAAAAAACGGACAAAAUAGCAAGUUGAAUCUUACAUCCCCAAUUGUUACAAACACAGAGACACGAGGAAUCUGCCACUUCAUAAUUGAUGCCCCUUCUCCAAAGAACUGAGUGCCCCCCCCCAGCAUUGGAAAAGGGUCUUCUUUUUCUUUUUCUUUUGUUUGUUGGCUAUGCCAGAGUAGCACUGUUAUUCUCCCAUGGAGUUUGAAUGAGUCAAGCAUCUUGUUAGACAAGACUGAUGACAAGGCAGAGGCUGACUGAGCAGUGACUUGGGUUGAUCAUUACAAAAGGAAGGAAUCUGCUGAUCUGUUAGGGAAAUAGAAGACGCAUCUUCUCCCGUGAGCUCUUUUUGGGGGGACAAGGGAAGUACAGCCUUUGUUCGGCGCCUUUCAUCUACAUGAAAACAGGCCUUGCUGAUAACAUUUUGUUUGUAUCAUGAAAGGGGCUAGAACGGUGAUUGACAGGGGCUACGGUGCAGAUGUUUCCUUGAAUGGUGGGUGCAAAGCUUAUAUCCUGAAAGAUGAUGUUAGGGGCAAAAGACAUCGAGAAUGAAAUGUUCAUAAUGCUCUCCUGUGAAAAUGGUGUCAGAUCUUGUUCCAUAAGCACAGUAUUCAGUCACUUUUCAUUGGCUGGAAUGGUGAAGUCAAUAUAGGCCCCAAACAACCAAGGUAGGUGUUUGCAUAGGGUGGAAAGAUAAAAAGGAGGAUAGGGCUCUUGCACCUUUAAUAGAAAUUCCCUCUUCUCCAUUACUGUUAAAGAUGCAGAAGCCCUAUCCUUUUUUGCAUCUGGUCAACCUUUAUUUAAAAAGUCUCGAACCAAUUAUGAUGCAUAUAUUUCUCAUUUAUUAGAAUCCAUUAUUCAACUGUUGAAGAACACAGUUACACAUUCUCUUCUGGUUUUAUGCAUUUUCUUGUGGUUGUAAGCUCUCUCUGUCCGCAAAAAUUGCAACGCUGUAACUGCAGGGGGAAAUCGUUUUGGUUUUCCUUUCUUUCCUCCUCAUCUUUUCAGUUAAUGCCCUAGAAAAUGAAGAAAAGCAGGUCGGUUAUGCUGCAAUCACAUUCACUGUGGCGAUUUCUUUCUAGUUGUCACAUGAAUCCAUUCUUCUGGGCUCUGACACACUAGGGCAGGAGGUUUCUGAAGCAGGUUCAUGAUUUAAUGGACAGCAGCUGCAGCUGGAAGGAUUUUGACUCUCCUUCUGGUGGCAUGCACCCAGGGAGAGGUUCCAAAGUUGUUUUAUAUCGCAUUACAUAGCAACAAAAUACACAAGGGCCCUGCACUUCUCUCGCCGACUUGGACAGUUGAGAGGCAAUAAGAAUUAGAAUUAAUAACAAGGAACUAACAACUAACAAGGAAUGACAACACCGUGCGCUGCGGCGAUGCCUUUAAACCGUGGCGCAAAUUUAAUUUGAAGUGCACAAAUGAUUUAUUUCAUAAUGCAAUCAAAUGGGUCAGAGGCCUUAUGGCUCUCCAGAGAGGCUUUAUAUGGGAAGCAAUGCAGCUUCUCUAACACUGCUAGAUUAGGUUGUUAAAAACUUGAAUUGUUAUUCCUUAUCAGAUUCCAUUCAUCAGCAUCCAUAUUUAACCCCAGCAGUCACUCCCCCAAUGCAGUGGCUCUCAAACAUUUUUCUCUGGGCCACACAUUCAGAAUAAAAAUUUGCUCGCACCACAUUUUUUUAAUUGAUAAGAAAUACCUUGGAAAACCCCCUUCAUGGAUCACUGCCUUGCCAUGGCAAAGGGGCUUGAAUAACUCAGAGAAGCUAUGAACUAUGCCAAGCAGGGCACCCAAGAUGAACAGGUCAUAGUGGAGAGUUUUGACCAAACGUGAUCCACUUGGAGGAGGAACCGGCAAGCCACUCCAGUAUCCCUGCCAAGAAGACCCCAUGGACAAAGACAACAGGCAUAUAAAAGUUAUGACGCUGGAAGAUGAGCCCCUCAGGUCGGAAGGUGUCCAACAUGCUACUGGGGAAGAGCGGAGGACAAGUACAAGUAGAUCCAGAGCUGAUGAAGCGGUUGGGCCAAAGCCGAAAGGACGCUCAGUUGCGGAUAUGCAUGGAAGCGAAAGGAAAGUCCAAUGCUGUAAAGAAAAAUAUUGCAUAGGAACCUGGAAUGUAAGAACCAUGAACCUGGGUAAGUUGGAUGUGGUCAAAAAUGAGAUGGCAAGAAUAAAUAUUGACAUCCUGGGCAUCAGUGUACUAAAAUGGACGGGAAUGGGUGAAUUCAAUUCGGAUGACUAUCAUAUCUACUACUGUGGGCAAGAAACCCGUAAAAGAAAUGGAGUGGCCUUCAUAGUCAACAAAAGAGUGGCGAAAGCUGAACUGGGAUACAAUCUCAAAAAUGAUAGAAUGAUCUCGAUACGAAUCCAAGGCAGACCUUUUAACUUCACAGUAAUCCAAGUUUAUGCACCAACUACUGGUGCUGAAGAAGCUCAAAUUGACCAAUUCUAUGAAGACUUACAAGACCUUAUAGAAGUGACACCAAAGAAGGAUGUUCUUCUCAUUAUAGGGGAUUGGAAUGCUAAAGUAGGGAAUCAAGAGAUAAAAGGAACAACUGGCAAGCUUGGCCUUGGAGAUCAAAACGAAGCAGGGCAAAGGCUAAUAGAGUUCUGUCAAGAGAACAAGCUGGUCAUCACAAACACGCUUUCCCAACAACACAAGAGACGACUCUACACAUGGACAUCACCAGAUGGGCAACAUCGAAAUCAGAUUGAUUAUAUUCUCUGCAGCCAAAGAUGGAGAAGCUCUAUACAGUCAGCAAAAACAAGACCUGGAGCUGACUGUGGCUCAGAUCAUCAGCUUCUUAUAGCAAAAUUCAAGCUUAAACUGAAGAAAGUAGGAAAAACCACUGGGCUGGUAAGAUACAAUCUAAACCAAAUCCCUUAUGAAUACACAGUGGAAGUGAGGAACAGGUUUAAGGAUUUAGAUUUGCUGGACAGAAUGCCUGAAGAACUAUGGGUGGAGGCUCACAACAUUAUACAGGAGGCAGCAACUAAAACCAUCCCAAUGAAAAAGAAAUGCAAGAAAGCAAAGUGGCUGUCCAACGAGGCCUUACAAAUAGCGGGGGAGAGAAGGCAAGCAAAAUGCGAGGGAGAUAGUGAAAGAUACAGGAAAUUGAAUGCAGAUUUCCAAAGAAUAGCAAGGAGAGACAAGAAGGCCUUCUUAAACGAGCAAUGCAAAGAAAUAGAGGAAAACAACAGAAUGGGAAGAACUAGAGAUCUGUUCAAGAAAAUCGGAAAUAUGAAAGGAACAUUUCGCACAAAGAUUACCAUAAUAAAGGACAAAAGUGGUAAGGACCUAACAGAAGCAGAAGACAUCAAGAAGAGGUGGCAAGAAUACACAGAGGAAUUAUACCAGAAAGAUAUGGAUGUCUCGUACACCCCAGGUAGUGUGGUUGCUGACCUUGAGCCAGACAUCCUAGAGAGUGAAGUCAAAUGGGCCUUAGAAAGCACUGCAAAUAACAAGGCCAGUGGAAGUGAUGGUAUUCCAGCUGAACUAUUUAAAAUUUUAAAAGACGAUGCUGUUAAGGUGCUACACUCAAUAUGCCAGCAAGUUUGGAAAACUCAGCAGUGGCCAGAGGAUUGGAGAUCAGUCUACAUCCCAAUCCCAAAGAAGGGCAGUGCCAAAGAAUGCUCCAACUACCGCACAAUUGCACUCAUUUCACACGCUAGCAAGGUUAUGCUUAAAAUUCUACAAGGAAGGCUCAAUCUGUAUGUGGACUGAGAACUCCCAGAAGUGCAAGCUGGAUUUAGAAGAGGCAGAGGAACCAGAGACCAAAUUGCAAACAUGCGCUGGAUUAUGGAGAAAGCUAGAGAGUUCCAGAAAGACAUCUACUUCUGCUUCAUUGACUAUGUAAAAGCCUUUGACUGUGUCAACCACAGCAAACUAUGGCAAGUUCUUAAAGAAAUGGGAGUGCCUGAGCACCUCAUCUGUCUCCUGAGAAAUCUCUAUGUGGGACAAGAAGCUACAGUUAGAACUGGAUAUGGAACAACUGAUUGGUUCAAAAUUGGGAAAGGAGUACGACAAGGCUGUAUAUUGUCUCCUGCUUAUUUAACUUAUAUGCAGAAUUCAUCAUGCAAAAGGCUGGGCUGGAUGAAUCCCAAGCCGGAAUUAAGAUUGCCAGAAGAAAUAUCAACAACCUCAGAUAUGCAGAUGACACAACCUUGAUGGCAGAAAGUGAGGAGGAAUUAAAGAACCUUUUAUUGAGGGUGAAAGAGGAGAGCGCAAAAUAUGGUCUGAAGCUCAACAUCAAAAAAAACGAAGAUCAUGGCCACUGGUCCCAUCACCUCCUGGCAAAUAGAAGGGGAAGAAAUGGAGGCAGUGAGAGAUUUUACUUUCUUGGGCACCAUGAUCACUGCAGAUGGUGACAGCAGUCACGAAAUUAAAAGACGCCUGCUUCUUGGGAGAAAAGCAAUGACAAACCUAGACAGCAUCUUAAAAAGUAGAGACAUCACCUUGCCAACAAAGGUCCGUAUGGUUAAAGCUAUGGUUUUCCCAGUAGUAAUGUAUGGAAGUGAGAGCUGGACCAUGAAGAAGGCUGACCGCCGAAGAAUUGAUGCUUUUGAAUUAUGGUGCUGGAGGAGACUCUUGAGAGUCCCAUGGACUGCAAGAUGAUCAAACGUAUCCAUUCUUAAGGAAAUCAGCCCUGAGUGCUCACUGGAAGGACAGAUCGUGAAGCUGAGGCUCCAAUACUUUGGCCACCUCAUGAGAAGAGAAGACUCCCUGGAAAAGACCCUGAUGUUGGGAAAGAUGGAGGGCACAAGGAGAAGGGGAUGACAGAGGAUGAGAUGGUUGGAUGGUGUUCUCGAAGCUACCAGCAUGAUUUUGAUCAAACUGCGGGAGGCAGUGGAGGACAGAAGUGCCUGGCGUGCUCUGGUCCAUGGGUUCAUGAAGAGUCGGACACGACUAAACGACUAAACAACAACAACCUUGGAAAACAAAAAAGAAACAACUCCAAGCAGGGCUUGAUUUAUAACAUCAAGCACAGCUACUUUAUUUUAUGAUCAUGGGACAUCCAGAAAGUAAAAAACAAUGCAGCUCUAUAUUCCCAAAAUAUAAUUAUAAACGAGUCUUCUCCCAUACCGUGUUCAAACAGCGAUUCUGGAUCUCAGCUAGGAUUGUCCUCAGGAUCACUUGAUGCCCUUGGUCUCACUUUGAAAAGAUAUCAAUCCGUAUUGUGCCAAUAUUUUUUAAAAAUAAUACUAUACAGUGGUACCUCAGGUUAAGUACUUAAUUCGUUCCGGAGGUCCGUUCUUAACCUGAAACUGUUCUUAACCUGAAGCACCACCUUAGCUAAUGGGGCCUCCUGCUGCUGCUGCGCCGCCGGAGCAUGAUUUCUGUUCUCAUCCUGAAGCAAAGUACUUAACCUGAAGCAUUAUUUCUGGGUUAGCAGAGUCUGUAACCUGAAGCUAUGUAACCUGAAGCAUAUGUAACCUGAGGUACCACUGUACUAUAUUAUACUAUACUACACUACAGUGAAAUGUUUAAAUGUAUUUUGGAUUGUUCUUGAAUCUUCUUGCCACAUUUACCAUCCUUUCCUUCCACACCCUUUGAGAACCACAAGGAUUCCCUGCCCAGCUGAUGACCACUGCUUUGAUAGCUGUGUCCUUGGCAGCAGAUUUUGGGAAGGGAAUUGGCAUCUGGCAGCAUCCCAGCUUUCCGCACAUCUAGAAAAUCAUUAGCACAGAUCCUGCGGUUCAUGGGCAGUGCAAUCAUAGGCCUGCUAAUCUCUUAGCAAGGUUGGAGCAGUUGCUUUAUGGUGCCCGGACUGACUGCCUAGGAAUUUAACUGGGUCGGUGCCAAACCCCACUCAGAUAUGUCCCAAGGCAACUGGAGUAGAGUUAAGUUACAAGCAAGGGCCACAGGUGACAGAUCACAAGAUUGCCAGGUUCAAUUUCUGGCAUAACCAGUUAAAAUGGAUGAGUUUGCAGGGUGAUAUGAAAGAUCACUGCCUGGGGCACUGUAGAUCAGAAACUGAGAACCCCGAACACUCUAGAUGUUGUUCUGUUGCUGCUGCGGAGAGGAGUGGCGGCAGCAAGACCAUGGCGAUGUUGCUGCCACCUCUCCCCCUCCAAUCCAAUAUGCAGUAGUGACACAGCUGGAGGGAAGUCAGGUGAGUGGCACAGUCCCCCAAUGCCAUCCGCUAGGGCUUCUCAGUGGUAUUGACACUGAGACAUUUCUAGAAAGCAAGGCAUGUGCUCUGGACUGCUGGUUGUGCUGACUGGGGCUGGUGGGUGUUGGAGUCCCUCAACAUCUGGAGGGUCACAGAUCCUGUCACUAGUGGGGAGAGCAGGGCAAAUAGUCUGAGCAGCUUCCUGUGUUUGUAAUCAAUACAGCUGCAACUGCAACCCACAAAACGUCUGCAGCUCCAUAAAAUUAUAGCCUCAACAGUGUAUGUUCAUGUUGUAGAAUGGACUAGCUAUGACAAAGAUGAGGGUGGCUUUUCCUUCCCUUCCUAUACAUUUGUAUGAUGAUGAUGAUGCUCAAUUCUAGACUGGUGCUGCCAACAUGUCUUGCUUGAAAAUUCAUGCCCUCUGCGAUUCAGUUUUUCAGUUGAGGACAUUUGUUAGAAUCAUGUGUCAUGUUUUGCUUUUCACAAUAGUAAGCUUCAACCUUCACUGUUGCAAGAAAAUGAAUCUUAGAAAUAUGUUGACGGGUUGUAUGUGGCCACCAGAUGGUGCUCCUGUGGCAAGAGAACUUCUCCCAGUAAAUUGUCUGAUUCCUCAUAUCUACAGUAGCCUGAGGAUUAUUUCAAGUUGAUUGAAGUUGGGCUGAGCUUGGAUAUACAGUAUAGUGGUUACUGACCUCCUCGUUGUCCACUCAUAUACAGGAUCAGGUUCACAAUGUAGUUUCACUUUUUACUGGGCCAUUUCUGGACCACGUAUUUCUGGUGAUAUGUUUAAAUGUCAGUCUGCAGUGAAGUAAGACUUAGGUGUGCAUUGAAGGAAUUGCAUGGACACUUCACUGAGUAUCCACAUUCAAACCACAUUCAGUCUGAUCAGGUGAUGAACCAGACAAUUUUUGCCACAAACAGAACUAUGUAACAGCAUAGGCAGGAGCAAUUUUUGACCAUAUGGAUUGACCCAUGGACAAAGUCACACAACCAGACCUAAAAUGAAAGUGACUUGGGACUUAGGGGCGACAGAAUCUCAGGACCAGUUUAUUCAUUUCUACAUACCACUCAACCAACUAAGAUCUCUUGGUGGUUUACAUAAACCAGGGGUAGCCAAAUGCUUUCCUCCAUAUGUUGUAGACCACAGCCAGCAUAGUCAACAGCCAGGGAUGAUGGAAGCUGUAGUCCCAAACAUCAUCUUUGAUCAUCCCUGAUUUAAAAUUGCCUUGCUGGGAAAUGCAGAGAUGGACAUGAAAAAAGGAAGGUCCCUAGCUCAGUGGUGGAGCAUCUACUCUUCAGUCCCCAGCAUCUCCAGGUAGAACAGGCAAUGCCCUCUCUGAAAGUCUGGAGAGAUGUUGUCAGUCAAGGAAGACAACAUGAACCAGAUAGAUGAUGGUCAGACUCCAUAUAGGUCAGCUUUCUAUGUAAAUCAGAGGAAGCGUUUGGAGUUGGAAGGUGGUUGCAAUAGAAUCAGGGUGCUCUUGAGUAUCUAAUAGCCUAGCAGGGAAAGGACACGAAGGGAGAUUAAAAGGUUUGGAGCUAAUUGCUGCAACUAUGAUAAAGGUACCUUAAUUGAUGGGAAGAUGGCCGUUUACAAGGGCAUAGGCCUAACUAUUAUAUUAAGAGAAUAGGAAGUAUUAAAGUGUAAUUAAAGAUUACAGAGGCUUCUGAUAUCUCAAUUCAGCAUAUUAAUCAACAUUGUCCAAAAUAUACAAUUUUGUAUGUACACAGAAUACCUGAACACUGGUUCACAUGCUAUGGAAAUUAUGUAAUGUCACUGGAAAUUAUGUAAAUAGUUUAGAUUUAUUUCAUUGCAUUAACAUGGAUUUAACACACAGACUCCCUGAGAGAUUACAGUCUGAUCGCUGAGUAUACAAUGGCAUAUUUAUGCAACAUUUCUAAUUAUUCAUAAUGAUAGGCUCAGGGUGAGUGAGUAGUUCUGAAAAUGCAUGUUUUAGAUUAUAUCAUCCUUGAGUUACUUCCACUGCCUCCCCUUUACCCUCAGAAUCUAUGAAGGGGUGUACUGAGAGACACUUUGUAGGUUACUACAAAGUUAUUAUACUUGCUUAUUAUAUCUUUUGUUUAUAGCUUGGUAAUGGUGCCCAUUCUCCAUAAUGCUCUCUCCCCUGGUAUUCAUCACACACCCACAGCAGUGUGAUUCUGAAGACAUUUGUUUCCUCAGGCUUUCCCCAACUAGUUUACUAGCCCAUUGUAGAUAUUGUGUAUGUCUCGAAUGUUGCUUAUUGUUUGCUGUUGGUUUUACACACACACACACACACACACACACACACUAGCAGGGAGUACCCAGCAUGACCAGAGAUUUUUUUAGAAACCAAAAGGUAUUGCAUUUUUAAAAAAUGCACAGUGUAAUUUGUGAGUUUGGACCCAACAUGCCAAAAAUCAGGUGCCCAAAUCACAUUUUGAUCCACCAUCUUGAUUCAAAAUGGGGCCUGGUGUUGAAACAUCCCACCUUGGGAAUGCUCAUGCUGAGUUUGACGAUGAUAUCUUGAGUGACAGUCAAGCCUAUGCCAAAAAAGGGUGAACUGAAGUUACAACAGUGUCAUAUUUCAGUCCACCAUCUCGAUUCAAAAUGACUUCUGAUCUCCAAACAGUGACAAAGAAUUCCACCUUGGGAACCUGCAUGUUGGGUUUGGUGAUGCUAUAUCAAGAGAUGGUUGAAUCUAUAGAGAACAGACAGACACAUAGGGAAGCCACCUUCCAAAAUAUAUUGUAGAUACAUUUGAUUGAAUUUGGGUUGUGAUUUUAUCAUGUAAACUGCUUCAGGAUCUUUGAAUGGGAAGUGGUUCAUAAAUGAUUUCAAUAAAAUAAAUAGUAAUAGUAAGAAAUUCCACUUACGCUGUGUUCACCUAGAAUCUAUGUUUUAUACCCAAAGCUUCAAGUAAUGAAAAUGGGUGGUUGGGUUGGUUUGCCACUAAAAUGGUGAAUUUAAGAACAGCUAAUGUAAUUUAGGGACGCGGGUGGCGCUGUGGGUUAAACCACAGAGCCUAGGGCUUGCCGAUCAGAAGGUAGGCAGUUCAAAUCCCCGCGAUGGGGUGAGCUCCCGUUGCUCGGUCCCUGCUCCUGCCAACCUAGCAGUUCGAAAGCAUGUCAAAGUGCAAGUAGAUAAAUAGGUACCGCUCCGGCGGGAAGGUAAACGGCAUUUCCGUGCGCUGCUCUGGUUCGCCAGAAGUGGCUUAGUCAUGCUGGCCACAUGACCCGGAAGCUGUACGCUGGCUCUCUCGGCCAAUAAAGCGAGAUGAGCACCGCAACCCCAGAGUCGGUCAUGACUGGACCUAAUGGUCAGGGAUCCCUUUACCCUUUACCUUUAAUGUAAUUCAUGGCAUUGUAAAUUGGAUUUAUUUUAUUAUAGUCACAUUCUAUAGAAUAGCAUUUACUUUUUAAGAAAAAAACCAAGAGGUUUGUGUCCCAUAAAUGCUAAAAUAUUUAUUAUGGCAUAUCCUUUUGCAGACUAUUGUCCGCAUAAUUGUUAUUGUUGUUGAUUAGAUUUCUUCCCCACCCUUCACCAUGAAGUACCAGGGCAGAUUACAUCCUUCAUUGUCAUCUGAAUCCCACAGUUCACAGUUUCUUCUUCUACAUCUAUGCAUAAAUUUGCCAGCUAAGGAUAACACUUCCUAAAAGAAAAGGUGCCAACUGUGAUGAUAGAACAUAGACUUCAUGGUUUGUAGCCAUUGAUUUGCCUUGAUAAACCAACCCCCUGAGCAGCUUUUCAUAAGACACGGGGGGGGGGGAGUAAUUAGCAAAGAUCACUUUCUCCUUCUUCCUCUGAGUCCAUGAUCAGAAUGUACACUCAGGGGAAGUCUGGAUCCAACCAGAAUCUUUUGCAAUAUAAAUGAUUCAAUGGGAGUCUGUUCUUAGUUUUAUUUGCUACUGGGAAUGACUGCUUCUCGUUUGCUAUUCCAGAGAAAACCAAUGUGUAUCAUAUUCUCACUCUGUAAGACCAGAAAGGUGGCUAUAGCAGGCUUUCUCUCAUCCAUUUUGAGUUCCACUGUUAACAGGAAAUUUAUCAUAAAUAAAUACAUACAGAAUUAAGACAGCAAUCCUAUACUUACCUAGAGGCAGGCUGAAAUGAUGCAACAUAUGGGAGAUUCCACCAGUGAAGAGGGAGUUCUACCUGCAGGAAGAACACUUAGCACUAGAUAACAACCAGUACACAAACAGAAAUAAUACUGGCACAGAUGUAUCCCCAGUGGUGUUCUAUCUACAGGGCUAUGAGGGGAGGCAGGACUUCUCAAGGCAUCUUGGGGUCAGCUAUGAACUUUCCACUUAAAGCUUCAUUGCUUCCCUGAUAUACCCACAAAAAUAAGUGAGACCAUGACUGCCUGUGCGACUCAUGUAGGUAAUUGCCUUCCAUUGGCUGCAGUGGGACAGAUGAGGAAGAAUCUGCCCUUCCAACCUCCUGCCCCACUGGAAGUGAGCUGGCAGCACUAUGGGUGCAGUGGUAGCACUACCAACGGAUCUGUUGCCUACACCGUAAGUCAGUGGUGGCCAAACUCAGCCCUCCAGCUGUUUUGGGACUACAACUCCCAUCAUCCCUGGCUAACAGGACCAGUGGUCAGGGAUGAUGGGAAAUGUAGUCCCAAAACAGCUGGAGGGCCGAGUUUGGCCAUCACUGCCUAGGUGUAGGAUUGCUAUGCUCAGAUGUGAGGUGAGGGCAUCCCCUUUAAAUCAAUUAAUUUGCCUAAUGUAGACAGUGGAUUAGGAUGUGUGAAUAUUUUUGUUUCUUGGGAUGGAAUUCUUGAUGUUUAAGCUGAUUUACACUCCUUCUCUGCAUUGUUCUCAAAGCAGCUCCUAAAGGGAGGUCACUGUGUUUCCUCCUGAUUUCCCCCACCUAUUUCCAUCUUUUUUCAUUGAUGGUCUAAUGAUUAGACCAAUAGUGCCUUUAGUGUCGCCAGGUGAAUCUGUGAUGGUACAGCUAUUUUAGUUCAGUCCCUUGCAAAUCUAAAUUCAACGUUCUUCACCAAUGGCAAUUCUUUAGUGGACGUGUUUCAAAGUAUGAGUGAUUGCACACAACAAAGUUCUGUUGAUGCAAAGGUUUUUAGAACCUUUGGUAAACAAGAAAUAUGCCCACAUCAAAGAGACCGUGGAACUGCUUUCCUAAAAGCAAUUGACAAAACAAAACAAAACAAAACAAAACCCAGGCAUUUGACUAGGUCACUUGCUAUCAUAUGUCAAGAAAGCUAAAGCAUGGGUGAUACUGGUACAACCUAAAGGUCUUCAUUGGAUGCUCACUUGGCUUCAGAUUAUUAGGGGAACAAUAAAUUAUUUUACCUUGAAUUCCAGAUUGAUGCAGGUAAAUUAGAGAAUGCAUAAGGGCUUCCCCAGGCAAUCUGUUUAUACAGCAUUCAUCCUGAUUUGCUUGCACAAAGCUUAUGUUAGACAAUGGUUAGACAAUGUCUGGUCUUUAUCAUUCUGAUUCAUUUAUGGGGCAAUAAUAUGACAAUGAGCAUUCAUCCUGAUGUGCUUGUGUGGUGUUUACACAUCUUCCUGUUAAUCAGUCCUCCUGCUUUUCAGUGCUUUUCCCUGUCACUUUCCAAACAACAAACAGCUAUUUAUUUAUUUAUUUAUUUAUUUAUUUUAAAAUGGAUUUGUUGUUUUCAGAGGAGGGUCUCAGGUUCACCCCACAGGCAAAACAUGGGAGCUGCCUCUAUAAUAUGGCCCCUUCCCACUAUUCAGUCAGCUGCAGUUUCGCUGCUUGUUCUGUCAAUGAAGGUUUUUCAGCUAUAACAACUAUUUUUUUCUCUUAUUUUCUGUGAGCAAAGUGCUCGCACACUUCGGCUAAUACACAAAAAGAUUUGCAUCCUGGUUUCCAUCCUGUCUGACACAAUGGUCUAGGAAGAGAGGUUUCCCCUUUACACCUCUCAAAAGUUAUUUCCUUCUGCUAACAAUGUGUUAAAUAUGGUCAUAUUGCACCUAUGUGAAACCUGAGGAAGCCCAAGGCCCCAGCUGAUUGGUUGCUUGCUCUCCUUCAUCCGUGGUCUGACAUUGUUUCUGUAAUACAAUGUAAAAAUAGAUAGUUUGGAUCAUGCUUUUCUGCAAAGUCUCUCCAUUACCUGACACCUUUAAUAAAUGUAGUUUAAAUCAGAAGCCUGGAGUUCUCUCUAGCCAUAGGAUCAUUUCACUUACUCAUUUUCCUAAACCACUUUUCCAUGCUAGACAAUUUUAAGGAGAGGUAAAGAAAAAGGUGCCUAUUGGUCCCCUUAUCUUGCCAGACCAGAAGUCUUCUUAAAAUACUACUCUCAGGAAACCCUGUAGCUCUGAAGUGUCUCCAGCUUCAAGGCUGGAUAGAUUGUAAGAGGUAGGGGUGACUGAUGACAGAAGCACCUCUUCCCUGAGAAUGUACACUCACUUUACAUUGUGGGUGCCCUUUGUGGGAUGGCGUGUGGUGCUACAGUUCCCAGGGAGCUUACUGGCAAACAGGGGCUGGCUUACCUCUCAGUGUUAAUUUUUGGAGGUUCACGCCCAGCCUCAGUAAUCAAGUUUCUUGCUGGGAGGUGGGGCCAGCCCCAUUUAUAAAUAGGGGGUGGAGCCGACAAUAGCCAGGCAGUCGGCUCUGGAGAUUCACCCUCCCUACCCUCCCUUUGUUUAAUGUUUCUUGUUUGCAGGUUAACUUUUUCUUCUUGUUUAGCAGGCGCUGCUACGGUCUUUGACUGGUUGCUGUUGAAGAACCGGGAAUAAAUUUUCCUGCAUUGGCAGGUUUUGUCUUCCCCGUAGCAAUUCAUCACAACUUUGGUGGUUAUGGCCUUGGGUGGAAUCCUUUAGUCUUUUCUUCCCUAUAUGGGGAGGGGGCGUGAAGUGGUGACUCACCCCCCUGUGGCAGCGAUUCCAGGGUCCCCCUCUUAAAGGGGUUAUAUAUAUGGGUGUCACUGGCCAUACACUAAAAGGUCGUCAGUGAACUACCCUGUGGAUAUGUGCUUGGCUGCCUGCUAUACUUAUGUCUCGCAGAGCACCCCCAUAUCCCAUUUACCCUGAUGAGCCCCAGUUCCCCCCAGCUGGGGGGGCUGGGAUGGAUACACGCCCAAGGCUUAAGCCAAAGUCUUCCUACAUUCGGAAGUUUAAUAAAGUUGUGGCCUAAUUUUAUUUCCAUAUAACAUCAGAGUCUUUAUUCCUUCCUUAUGAUCCCUGGGGGCUGGGGCUGUCGCCACCUGGUCACGCAUUACAUCCCUGCCCAUCACAGCAGCCCUUUUUUCUAUCAUGAUUGGAUGAUGGAAUGGAUGGGAGAAGCUACAAGGAUCUUGUCUCACACUGCAUGGAAAUUUUUAAAGCCUGAUCUCUGAGUUGUGACCUGGCAACUUUAGACAACACAAAAAGAAUACAAUGAAAUCUUGUUUAGAAGUUCACAGGGCCUCAGCUCAGUUUGCAACUUCGCUUGUAGUUGCAAAACGCUUAUUCCACCCUUCCCUUUAAGAUUUGUUUUUUAAACUUACUAUUCUUUCUAAUAGCCACAGAGGGAUAGGAAAUCCCAGUGUGCACACAGUGCAAUAAUAUGCAUUGUUACACUGCCUUCAGUGGAGCUUAUUCCCUUCUAAGUGAGUUUAGGACUGCAGCCAUAAACAAGAGAUCGAAACUAGCUGUGCACUGCUAGCAAAGCCACAGAUGAGAAAUUAUACUGGGAGCUUUAAAUAACGCCAAGUUGUGACAGGUUACGUCUAGGUUACAUGAUUCAAAAUACUUUUUCUGUUCUGCCCUUUUGUUGGGACUCUUUGAUUUAAUAACACAGGCCUCUUUUUGAUCUGGCCAUACCUUGUCAGUCAUUGACGUCCCACCCAUAGACUUUUGAUUUCUUUUUCAUCUAGUGACACUGGCGGAGGACUCUGACAAAGGCCAAGGGAGGGAUUUGGGAAUUGUCACAUAAAACCUGCGUUACUCAGCUUUCAAUAUCUCAUUGAGACUCUCACAGCUUUGAUAUUUUAAGUAGGCAUCGCACACAAAAAAGGAACCACAAAUGCCCGGACAGGUAAUGCAGUAGAUGCGGACUGUUAAUGGCUCAGGAAGACCUGUUGAAAGGAGAGCCCCUUCCCAGGAGUGCUAUUUAAUUUCAUUGCAAGGGUUUCCCUGGCGAAUUUCGCCUGCUGCCUCUUCUCCUGCUUGAGCUCCAUUCUUUUCUUCUUGCUGAAGUUCCUUUGUUUCAUUGAGAAAAACUUCAUCUAUAACUGCAAUUUGAGGCCGGGCUUGUUUGUUUUUAGAGACUCUAUUCAUAUGUGUCACUGAAGCAUUCCAAAAAGAUUUUUUAAAAUAAAAAUAAGUCCUACUUCUAUUAUUAUUUAUUAACUUUGUACAUCACCCUUCAUCCAAAGAUCUCAGGGUGGGUCACAGCAUAAAAAUACAAAAUAAAAACACAAAAUAUCCUGUUCUCUGCCACUGCCUCUCUCCUGUAUGACUGUGACAAGUUGAAUCCAAGAUGAGGGAGAAUGACAUAUUGUAAUGCUCAACAUUUGUUCCUUGAUUGUAACAGUUCUCUUUGAAUUUGCUGAUCUCCAGAUUGCAAUACGAAACCUAGAAUGUCCCAAGCAGGUACUUCAUAUAUCAUUCUGACAUGGACUUUGGACCCUCCCAACUGGUGGUGUGUACACGCAGGUGUAUGUUGCCGCAUGCCAUUGAUGCCAUGACAUUCCAUAAGUGGCGGAUUCAUACUGGACCACCCACACAUCAACAUUAUGAGUUGUUCUGCGGCACUUCCCCAACAUUACCGCAAGAAAAGCAGGACAAAUAAAAACCUCAGGAACCUUUAAGGUAUGAUACAGGAUUUCAGCAGGAAGCUACGGAACAUGCAUUAACUCAAAAUGGAGUAGAUGUUGCAGGACCCAACAAUAUUGAAAGUGGGAUUGUGUCUAGCUGCCCAGAUACUACCAUGAGCACAAAUUAUUAUGAAUGCACAGUCCAAAUGACAUCUAGAGGGGAGUUGGUCUGGCAAUAUCUGAGACUUUGAGUGUUUCCAGAUGGGUGUUUAUUACAGGAUCAGUGCUCCUCAUGCAUGCCUGUUUAUCACAGCACCUACACAAGAUUGUCGGCAUCAAAGUGCUUGCUCAUAAUUUUCACCCACGUAAUCCAGAUUUACCAUUUGUGGGGAGAAGCUGAUGCUUUUUUUAGGAAAACGAAACUGUUGCCAAUGACCCAUUUGCAAUAGCUGAACAACGUAUUUUCAACAUUAAGCCUGUGUCUGGAAGCCCCUCAUAUUUAAUUCCUUCCUUCUGGGAUAGGAGAGCAGUCUUUCUUUGCUGCCCUUCCUGCUGUCCAUUGCCCUGAAUGAUUUUGUACUGGAACAUUGUCUCUUUCCUUGUAAGGAAUGGAAGUGGGUGGGAGGGAGGGAGGGAGGGAGGGGGUCUGGUAAAUCACAUCUACACUUCUAAAGAGCUUUUCCUGCCUCUGCCAAAUAGUUUGGGGCAGUCAGCAGCUGCUACCCAGCUAAAUACUCUAAAGGGGGAGGAUUUGAAUGAGUGGGUGAAGUGACUGGGGUGGUGAAGCUGGUGGAAAUGGUUUCACAUUGAGCAUGUCAUCACUUGAUGUAUGCAGCAUCAAGGAUUGGCAUAUUGGCUCACAUCACCCCAAAGACAAUGCUUUGCAGUGGUUCAUUUCACACAUUGAGCCGCCUGAUAUUGCCUGCUAAAGCAUCAAGAGCUGAGGGUCUCUGCUUGUAUUUGUGGAACCAGCCCUAAGCUGUGGCAGAAACUGCUCUGCUGGGAUUGCAAUGCGGCAUCUCAAUUCAUCCGCACAAAUGCUUGUCACUUUUUGGCUUUGCAACCUCUGCAGUGCAGAUGACGCCAACUACAGAAUGUGUGAAGAGCAUAAAGACUAGAGCUUGAUUGAUGGAUUGCAGAAUGUCAGAAGAGAUCCUUUGAAACUCUCUUGGAGUCCUAACAUUAUCUAUAGUGAGCAAAACCCAGUGCGUGUGUGUGUGUGUUUGUUUGUUUGUUUGUGUGUGUGUUUCUACAUGGACUCUUAUUAAUUGCACAAACCUCCUUUUACACAUAAAACCAAGUUUGUUCAGUUAACUUUUGUUUUAAUCUUGUAGAACUCUGCAUAAUAGACCAUUUCCAGUUGUAACAAGAGACGUCAGCCAUAUAAAGAUCUGAGCAAUGUGAGACACAAGCUUAUGACUAUCUCCAAAACACCUGUCUAGCCUAUGACUGACAAACAAUCAUGUCAUCAUUCAUCUCUGAAUUUGUCAGCUACAUCCCCAGGGUCUGAUAUCCUAACGGCAACACAAAGUUCACAUUUAGUUAAACAUAUUAUAUAUAGUUCAAUUAAUUAUCAUACAAUGCCAUGUUGGGGGGGGGCAUUUCCUUUCCCCCACUUCUAUAGCAUUUAGUUUUGGAGUUAUUGGAAAAUCCUCUCAGAGAUUCCUCAUUUUGAGAAACCAUAGCUUUAUUGUUAUUGUAGACAUCCAUAUACCAAAGAAUUCUGAAUGUUGUACAUACAGGAUGUUGUUUUAUCCUGUCAGCAGCACUGACCCUGAGGAAAAGGUAAAGGUAAAGGCACCCCUAACCAUUAGGUCUAGUCGUGACCGACUCUGGGGUUACGGCGCUCAUCUCACUUUAUUGGCUGAGGGAGCCGGCGUACAGCUUCCGGGUCAUGUGGCCAGCAUGACUAAGCCGCUUCUGGCGAACCAGAGCAGCGCACGGAAACGCUGUUUACCUUCCCGCCAGAGUCUAUUGAUCUACUUGCACUUUGAUGUGCUUUUGAACUGCUAGGUUGGCAGGAGCAGGGACCGAGCAACGGGAGCUCACUCCGUCGCGGGGAUUCGAACCACCGACCUUCUGAUCGGCAAGUCCUAGGCUCUGUGGUUUAACCCACAGCGCCACCCACGUCCGACUCUGAGGUAGGUUAGUCUAAAAACUGGUAACCUAGCAAGGCCAUCUAGUGAGCAGGAUUUGACAAAAUCUCCUAAAUUAGCUACUUUACCUGUUAUUUGGCACACAACAAGAUGUCUCCAGAUGUUGUGGAUUGCAACUUCCAUCAUCCCUAACCAUUGGCCACGCUGGCAGGAGCAUUGGGAGUUGGAGUUCACAACAACUGGAGGGUGCCAUGUUGGCUACCACUGUUUUAGAUGGGUCUUUUCCAGACUCCACACAUGUCCCAAAUGUGCCUUAGGAAUGUCCAGUUUGCUUUGCAUAGCAGUAGCAUGUAGGGUGGCUCCAAGAAGCCACUGUAUAUCAUGUGGCUCCUCUCCUCUCCUCUGGGAUCAGGAGAUGCCCAUGGCAUCUACCUCAACUCCAAGGCCCCAGCUGAUAAUUCUCAUUAUUAUUUUUAUUCAUCCUACUUUUCCUCUAUGGAAUUCAAAGUAUAUCCUGCGGGCUUAUCUCAAUUCCACAAACCACCAAAAUGUCCCAAGAGCAUUUCACCAGUGGCAGGAACACAGAAAGCUGCCUUACACUAAGUCAGACCAUUGGGCUACCUCAGUAUUGUCAACAUUGCCUGGCAGGGAUUCUCUAGUCUAGAGUCUUAGCCAAGAGUCUUUCCCAGCUGUACCUUGGAGACACCAGGGAUUGAACUUGGGACAUUUUACCAGCAAAACAUGGCUAAGGCCAUUUCCUUCUGACUUCAGAACAUUCAAAAUAUGUUUGUAGCUAUUCCUGAAUUCAGGGGAUCUAGAUUCACAAAUGUUUUUCUGCCAUGGACCACUUGAAAAUUUCUGAAAACGGCAGGCCACUUCAUGACUUAUCUGCCUGUUGUAGCAAUGGUAAGGUGCUAUUCCAAAUGCAGUAUGAUUUUUAAUUGUAUUCUUAUUGCUUCUUUUAUUUCGUAUGCUGUAUUUUACUGUAAUACAAAAAAUAAAAGAAGCAAUGAAAAUACAAUUAAAAAUCAAUGUUGUAACAGGUUUCAGGUGGGAUCCUGACACCAGUGUUACACACACAGGAGUGCUGUACCAAUAUGAAUUUUAAUGCAGACAAGCCAUGGGCACCUGAAUGAAGCUCAUGGAACACUGGUGGUCCAUAGGCCACAUUUUGGGAACCUAGAGGACACUUGGAUGCAGAUUAUCAAAACAUAGCAGCACAUUCAUAGGAAGAAUGCAGUGAUCCCAAAUAAUGUUUUGAGGAUGUAGAAAAUGUCCUAGUAUGGGAGGAAGAGUAUGGGAAGACCUGUCAUAAUUGCCAUGUAAUAAAUGCAAGCACAAUUUUGGCAUGGAAUCAAAUGAGAAAUCUGAAAUUUAAAUAGAGGCUAUAACUAUAUUGAUCUAGAUGAUUUCAAAAAUAUUGUUUAUAUACUUGUCUUUGAUCCUCCCCCCCCUUUAAUCCUAAUUUUGCUUAACGUGGUGGUACAAGUAGACUUUAAAACCCAUCUUAUGUUUGGGUUAUUCAUCAACUUCAAACUCCAUUAAAGUAUGGACUAACAAAGUUAGUUUUUCUCCAUUAGUUGCAUAAACGGCUGAAUCAUGAUUAGUUCUCUGCCAUAUUAGUCUCUGGUUUGUGAGAGAAUGCUGCAGCCUUCAAAAAUCAAUUAUCUUCAAAGCUCCAAAAUGAAAAGGAAUGAACAGGGGCCAGUCUCAAGAGCAUCCUUUGCGUGCUGGAGUUAACAUUAGUUAAGUACUUUAAAUGAUCACUAAUUAGAGCCUUCAGCAGGCACUUUAAGGACCACCCGACUGAAACAUCUUAUUGUGAAAAUAACUUACUGGAUGAAAUAGCCCAAAUUAACUCUUUGAUAUGGAGUACCAAAAUCCACAUUUUUGUUUCUGCUUCUUGUGAGAAUUUCUGCCUUAUUUAAACCAUUAAUAAUUUGGUUUACCUGUAUGUUCUCUAAGCAACAGAGGCCUGCUAAGAAAGCAUAUAUUUGAAUAAAAUUGAACUUUUUAAGUUUAAGUGAAUUCACGUGUAUUCUUUUUUGAAUCAUGCUUCAUAUCAUCACAAAUUUGUAAAAACAAGCAAACUCUCAAGAGUAUUUUAAAAAGGAUCUUACUAUUUCCCUUUUCAAAUUAUUCAUUUUAUUUCUGCAUUCGCAGCCAACGGUUUGAUCACAGCUGACUUCCUUCGCCCUCAGUGGAGUUUAUUUGUUAUUUAUUUUAUUAGUUCAAUUUAUACCCUGCCAUUUCUUCCUAGGGGGGGGGGUGCCCAGGGCAACAUAAAAUCAAAUCAAAAACUAUCCAACAUGCAUUAAUUAAAACAACAGUCAUAAAACCCCCAUGCCUAACAAGCCUUUUACAAGGGUUUGCACAAAGGAAGACAUCUUCAGAUUCCUGCUGAAUGUGGCCAGGGAAAGUGACAGGGCAGCCUGAUUUCCCCCUGAAAGGAAGUUUGAGAGACAAGGUGCUACUAGGGAGAAAGAAGGAUAAGGAGACAUGGAAGAUAAGGCUAUCAAUGGCUACUAGGCACAAUGGUGAUGUUCCACCUCCACUGUUGGAAGCAGUAUACUUCUGCUGGGAAUCUCUGCUGGGAAGCAGGGUGAGUGCUGUUGCACUUGGAUCCUGCUUGUGGGCUCCUUGUGGGAAUCAGAUUGGCCAUUGUGAGAACAGAGGGCCUCGCUAGGCAGGCCUUUGGUUUGAUCCAACAGGCCAGGUUUUAUGUUUUUAAGAAAGCCCCUAUUGCACAUUCCCAGUGAUCUCACUGGGAGAAUCCGUGGCCAGAAAGAAGAGGAAUAUCAAGAAGACUGGAAGAAAUUUAAAGAUUAUUUGAGCAAAUAUUGUAAUAUUAAAGAUCAGUAGUUACUUGAAGGUACUAAACAGGCCUAGGACUAAAUUAAGACUAAAUAAAUAAAUAAGACAUAGAAUGUUAAGAAAAAUUAAGAAAUUUGAUUAUAAUUGGAAUAUUGUACUUUUGAAUAAUGAUGUUGGAAAACUGCUACAUUCAGUUACAAGGAAAUUUAGAUGGAAGAGAUUAGAGGAAGUCAAGUAAUAUGUUUAAGAAGUUGGAAAUUUAAUUAAUUAACUAAUUUUUAUUGUUUAUGUGUUUUUGGUUAUAUUUUUGGUUAUCAUUUGCUAUAUUUUAUUUCUUUUUUCUUUUUCUUUUCUUUUUGUUUCAUUGAUUUUAUAGUAUGUGUUGUAUUUGUAUGAAACUUAAUAAAUAUUAUUGGGGGGGGGGGAAGAAAGAAAGAAAAAGCCCUAUUGCACAUUCCCACACUCCUGGUCAUCCUCAGCCAUAGUACUAUUGCAAGAAGCGCCUCUUCGUCCCAGGCUAGAGGGUGAGAAGCACGAAGAAAGGUGUUCCUUCAUGUACUUGGGUCAUUUGACUUUGAACACUAGUAUCACCACAUUCAACUGGACCUGGUAGCAGUGGCAGAGCUUCAUGCUCCACCACUGGGGGCAGAGAGCAGGCGGGGGCAUGGCUGGCACGCGUCCCAGGGGCAGGACGUGCGUCCCAGGGCUGUGGCAUGUCCUGGGAGCGUGACGUGCUGCCUGCAGGGGUGUGGCGCCCAGCUCGGGGGGCAGCCGCGAUGGCACCCCACCAGGAUCAUGGUGCCAGGGGCGUGCGCUCCCCCCUGCCCCUCUCUUCCUCUGCCAGUGCCUGGUAGCAGCCAGUGAAGGGCUUCUGAAACGGGAGCGAUGUGCUCUUCUCUGGUAGCUACUCUCAACAGCCAAGUUGCCAGGCUCUGCGUCAGCUGCAACUUCCAAACCAUUUUAAAGGACAGCUUCAUGCAGAGGCCAAUGCAGUAAUCUGUACUGGAGGUCAUAAGAGCAUAGGUCACUGAAGUCAGACUAUCUCACUCCAAGGAACGGUCAUAGCUGGCCAACCCACCAUCCCUAAGCAUACCAAACCACCUGUGUGUUAGGUGCCAUUUUUGCACCAAGGAGCAUCCCCAGGCUAUGAAACGGCUCCUUCAAUGGAAGUGGCCACUGGUCCCAUCACCUCCUGGCAAAUAGAAGGGGAAGAAAUGGAGGCAGUGAGAGAUUUUACUUUCUUGGGCUCCAUGAUCACUGCAGAUGGUGACAGCAGCCGCGAAAUUAAAAGACGCCUGCUUCUUGGGAGAAAAGCAAUGACAAACCUAGACAACAUCUUAAAAAGCAGAGACAUCACCUUGCCAACAAAGGUCCAUAUAUGUAGUUAAAGCUAUGGUUUUCCCAGUAGUGAUGUAUGGAAGUGAGAGCUGGACCAUAAAGAAGGCUGAUCGGCAAAGAAUUGAUGCUUUUGAAUUAUGGUGCUGGAGGAGACUCUUGAGAGUCCCAUGGACUGCAAGAAGAUCAAACCUAUCCAUUCUUAAGGAAGUCAGCCCUGAGUGCUCACUGGAAGGACAGAUCGUGAAGCUGAGGCUCCAAUACUUUGGCCACCUCAUGAGAAGAGAAGACUCCCUGGAAAAGACCCUGAUGUUGGGAAAGAUGGAGGGCACAAGGAGAAGGGGAUGACAGAGGAUGAGAUGGUUGGAUGGUGUUCUCGAAGCUACCAGCAUGAGUUUGACCAAACUGCGGGAAGCAGUGGAAGACAGGAGUGCCUGGCGUGCUCUGGUCCAUGGGGUCACGAAGAGUCGGCCACGACUAAACAGCUAAACAACAAACAACAACAAACCCUGUCCACGACAAGUCAAGUGCCAAAGUUCUUUGUAUACACAUGUCCUGGGUAUGCAGGAUGCGAUCAGAAAGGGAUGCCAUGUAUCCUUCUUUCCAGUCUCCCCUUCCCAGAUGGCCCUUGGUCCUGCACUCACCUCAGUGCACUGAUGAUUGCUUUCAACAAGAGAUUUGCGCUUAGUUUUUACUUCCUACAUACACACCACGCUCUGGAGCACAAAUCACUAGCAGGGAAGAGGAGGAUAGGUGGGUGCAUAUAUAUGCAGGAGUACAAAUGGGAUUUCCAUGGAUGUGUGGAGCCAGGAACUAGCAGGGAGGAAAACGGGCUGCAAUGAAAACUAUGUUGAGCAUGCCCGCCCUUUUGAAAAGGACAUCUGCUAAUAUUCCUAAAAGAAUCCAAUGAACAUGGUACCAACAUAAACCACCUUGUGUGCAGAAGUUAUGGAUGAAAAAUGAUGAGCAGCAGAAACAUUUUGCAAACAUCCACAGUCACCAGGUAUGAUGCCAUUAAUGACUUGCAUUUCCAGAGUACCUUUGAUUGAUCAUUUGAAGGGACCCUUCACAUAAGGGUUGGGCCACAUUUUCCAGAAAGAUCAUACCUCCCUAUACGAACCUGCCUGGGUGCUAAGAUCUUCAGGGAAGCUCCUUCUCUUGGUCCAUUAUUACAUGAAAGAGGGCUUUUUCUGUCAUCUGGGUAGAUUACAAAAUAAAAACAUAACUAAAUUGGAUCAAGAGCAUUUAUUUAUUUAUUUGCAGAAAAUUAUGUACUGGGAACAUUAAGAAAAAAUAUAUAAUGGUGGUGGUGCACAGCAUAAAAUAAUAACAUUUCAUUCAUAAAACAAGUACAAAAUGCAUCACAAAUUAAAUAGCUUGUAUCAAACAUCAAAAUCAAGAUAAUGCAAAAAUGAAAAUGAAAAAAUAAAAUGAGAAACUAGCAUAUAGACAGAUCAAAACCUGCAUUUAAAGCCAGCACAGCAACAGCAUAAUGCCACAAAUCUAUGUGAAAAUUGUGGUGAAAAAGAUAAGUGAAAACAGAAGAGAACUUUAUUUUUUUUAAAAAAUUAGCAGUUCAAAAUUGCUGUGCAAAUAAUGCAAGCUUCCCAGAGCCAGAAAUUUAUGCUGCAAUCCUAUACCCUUCUACCUGGGAGGAAGCACCACUGAAGUCAAUGGGACACCACUGAGCAGACAUGUCUAGGGCUGCACUGUUUAUUUCAGUUUCUGUUUCAGCUAAAAACAAACCAGCAGCUCAGACAUUUUCCUGUCAAUCUGGGUUGGGUGGACUGCAAUUUCAUCUGGCGUAUUUAGUGAACACAGUUGAGCAAGGGAUUGUUUUCUUGAUGAUGUUAUGAGUUGGGGGGAAGAUCUCCCCAUAAUCCUUAAAUUUAGUAAAUGUUAUAAUUUAGCUAAUAUUUGCAGUAUUAAGGGAAGAUGCCAGGGGCUAUAGCGAUUUCCUGUUCAGGAGAUCAACUGAUAGAGGUGCCAUUAAGAAACAAAGAGAGAGCAGAGUAAUGGGCCAUUGAACUGCAUAUGUGAUCCACUGCAGUGUUAUAUUGACAAAACAAAUUUAACAUAGCAAGUGCUAAUGCCAUAUGCUUGGUUUGGCUUUUCCUAGAGCAGGGAUGGGGAACAUCAGGUCCAGGGUUCAAAUGUGGUGCGCCACACCUCUCUAUCAGGCCCUCAGGACUCUUGCCAGGCCACAUACCCUUCCAGCCCCACCCCACCCCACCUGCUGUGCAACCUCCUUGAGUGCUUUUGCCAGACUGGAAUGUCUCUUAAGAUCUGAUAAUGCUUCUUGCUUGCCCAGACAGAGACUACAGAGGGAUGUGUGAGUGUGAAGAAACUUGCCUAGUGUCCAAAGGUAAUGGUCACAUUGAUUGUUCUGUCUACUUUUGCCUCGGACCCUGCCCACCUCUGGCAUGUGGCCCCUGGAAAGUUGCCCUGAAAAGAAUGUGGCCCUCGAGCUGAAUACCCUGGCAAGUAGACAUCACCAAUAGCAGAUACACUAUAGCCCUUGUAAAAGCGUGGGUUGACCUGCCAAAGUUAUAGCACGGGUGUGUGGGGGAUGUGAAACACAGAGCAGUCAAAUACAACAUUCCUAGAGAGGGAUGUUUGUCCAGCCAGUAGAUAAACUUCCUGUUUCUUCCUGGGCUGGGACAAACUUCCUCUACAUAUGACCAGAGGUGGGCGUGACCUUACCUGUGCAGGUAACAAAAUAGCACAGGGCAUUCUUGACUCCAUUCCUCAAAGAAGCAACAUCUCCUUAGCCUGAGAUGCUCUUUUGGCUUCCAUCUCUCUUGGCAGCCAAGAGAGGACAAAGGAACUAUCUCCUUAUGGGGUAGAUUCCAAGUGUAUAUAUUUUGUAACUUAAGUCUGCCUUCUGGGAUCCAUCUGUGGGCAGAAUGUGUAAGUAAACUAUUUUAUAUCUUUUAUACAAGACUGUGCUGUAUCUAUUCUUUUUAGGAGGGAAUAAAGGGGAAUUACAAGGAAACGUAUUUUAGAGGCUUAAGCAAGCCUGGCAACAACUUAUCCGCUGUGGAAGUUUAAAAAGGGGAAUGUUACUCUGCUAAAUUAUAGAAUUUGCUAACACAAGUUGGGAAGGAUAUUAUUAUACAAUAUAUCCUCUUCUGUCUCCCUGAACAUUCCCACAAAUUGAUCUGUGCCAUGUGUUCAACAAGGACUUCCAUUUCCAAAUCAACUACGUUGUACAGUAUCUUUACCCAUGUAUAUGUAUAAAAUGAAUCUUCAGUGGUCAUUAAAAUGUAUCCCUCCCACUCAAACACACUUUUGGAAGAACUGGGGGGGGGGAAUUAAAGAAAAUAUUUUAAAGAUGUUUUUAUACUGGUGAGGGAAGGGAGCACUGUGGCCCUCCAGAUGUUAGAUUCUUAAUUCCAACCACCAGAGCAGAUGGUGAGGGAUGCUAGGAGUUGUAGUCAAGCAACUUCUGGAGAACCGUAUUUGGCAGGUGUGGAGUGUCCUGUUUCGCCACUUGAAGUAAAAUGGCAAGGGCUGCCCCAAUAUGCUGUAGUGUGGCCACACUAUGGUGUAGAGAGCCAGUGUGGUGUAGUGGUUAAGAGCGGUAGUUUCGUAAUCUGGGGAACCGGGUUCGCGUCUCCGCUCCUCCACAUGCAGCUGCUGGGUGACCUUGGGCUAGUCACACUUCUUUGAAGUCUCUCAGCCCCACUCACCUCACAGAGUGUUUGUUGUGGGGGAGGAAGGGAAAGGAGAAUGUUAGCCGCUUUGAGACUCCUUAAAGGGAGUGAAAGGCAGGAUAUCAAAUCCAAACAACUCUUCUUCUUCUUCUUCUUCUUCUUCUUCUUCUUCUUCUUCUUCUUCUUCUUCUUCUAUGGUGUGUAGCCAGUGCCACAUUGCCAGCUCCUCAGCAUCCCUUACCUAGGUUGUGUAGUGGUGGCACAAAGCAGCAGCAGGUUCCAGUGAGAUUUUGUGAGAUCUCAUGAGCAUUCGGCGAGAUCUCAUGAGAUCUCACUGGAAAUUGACACCCAAGCCGGUGGUGGAGACAGCAGGACAGGCAGGGUGCCCAUGGGGGUUUCACUUUGGGGGCUUCCGCUGCCAGAGCCAGCUGCCUCAUGGAUAGGCUGGUCUCAUUGCUUGAUGCAACCCAGUUCCACACGGGUCUCACCACAAGUUAACAACAGCUUCAAAUUCCCUCUCAGUUACAGAAAGACUCAAUAUAAAGACCGUUAUUCCACUUGACACAUAUGCAUCAAGAUUUUCUAAUGUAUUUGAGGUUCAUUUUAUUUUGUGGCAACCAUAGGAAGCAGCUUAAUCUAACAGCACAGAAUGCCAGGCUAAAGUCCAGCCGCUGAACUUCAUGGCGAAGCAGGCUUUUGACUCUGUGUAAACCCAACAUUCUAGUGCCAUUGCACCACAGUGGCCCUCUGUAUGUUGCGUUAUAGAACUGGAGGACAUGGAGCUCAACUAUUUUGAGGGACUGGACUUCAUUGUUGGGGUGGCAGCAGAAAUCAACAACUAGAAUUCUCCAGGACUGAUGGCCUUACAUUUGAUUUCAGCACUUAGUGAAGCAUUGCGGGCAGCAGAAGUAGGAUUGGUUUCACUGGUUGUGCAAAAAGUAGAUCUAUUAAAGGAUUAAUGCCCUGAUCCUAAACACAAUUACAAAGUUCAGUGAACCUUACUUCCAUGUACGCAUGCUGUGAAUCGCAGCUUAGAACAGGAUACAUCCUGUUCUUUGCAAAUGAACUUCCAUGGGAAAAGAAAUUGCAGUCUAACAUUGUUUUUCCUGAAACGGUAAAUAGAAUCCUGAGAUUUUCUUUUGUUGCCCACCCUGCUCCAAAAGACAGAGAAACUGGGAAAGCAAUAUGUCAGUGACUAAGGUUGGGUCUUGGAAAAGAUUCAGCUGGGACACUAAAUACACCAAUGAUUAUUUACAAUGGGAUUAAUUUCAUUCACAUUGGAGAAUACCUAUUAUGUUUCCAUGGUUUAUGCCCAAGCAGCCACCUAAUUAGAAGGAAUUUAUUUUCCACAAAGCUUGCAGACCCAUUAAGAACCAUAAUAUUUUAAUAUGUUGUUGUUGUUGUUGUUGUUGUUGCCAGUCAUCUUCUAUUUCCACUUCCUCCACUUUCUUCCUGUUUGCCACCAUAAGAUGUUAUUCGUAUAGUCCCCUUAUCAAACUCCUGCACUGCUUCCUGGCACUCUGGGUCAACGAAAGGGUUAAAAAUUCUCUAUCUCUAUCUUGAUCUUUGUUGAAAUGGUGUGUAUGGGAAUGAAAUGGUUGCCAAUUUGUUUGUAAUGCAUUCUGACUGUACGGGAGUUCUUUUUUCUCCUGACAGGCAGGUGAGAUCAAAGUGGCACAGGACAAAAGGGGCUCAGCAGUGAUUUGUCAGGGGACGAAAGGCAGUCUUGUCUGGGAAAGUGGCUGUAGCCCAGAACGAGCCUUCAGAUCACUAACACACUAAAGAAAUCAUGGCAUGAGAAAAAGUACAGCAGAAAAGGUUCAAAGGUCAGUUUUAUUUGGUUUAGAUUGUUGGUGCCUCCUUUUAAACCACAGACCAAAUUGGGGGAGCAAGGGGCGGGUGGGUGGAAAGAACAGGCUAAUAACCGUUUUAUUGUCUGGGUGGUGGGGGAACCCUCUUUUGUACACACUGAACAGUCUGAGAUUGUCUGUAAUUAAAAUGCUGUUGUUCAAGCCAAGGUCUGCUUCUCUCAGUCUCUGCUCCCUUAUAAGUAAUUCUUAACCACAAGUAUAGCCGACUCUCCAGUGGGAUUGCUUAUGCAAGUUAGGGUUAAUUUUCAGGACUAAGGGUUUGUGGACUUGGACAUCAGCCUUGCUUCUGUGUGUGGGUGUGUUUAAUGGAAAAUCCAUUACCACUAUUGGUUUGCUGUGGUUUAUGAAAAAGUUUCAGGUCUUUCUCAACUAAUCUGCAAUGCCUUGUUUUGGAGAUGACAAAGCAUGCCAGAUUUGAAUCAAAUAUAAGAAAACCAUGGAGGAAACGUAUUCUUAGAGGAAUUUGGGUGAUCAGGCUGAAUUUUGUCAGGUGCUGACAGAGACUUCCCACAAAAUGCAAAUAGCAGCUUCAGAGAGGACAGUUUGGUAGGACUGUGACAGGGACAGAAAGUGUUCAACCCUGCUUUGUCAAUCACCACAGUCUCCAAGCUGCAACUGCUAUUUGCAUACCUAAAAAAUAUGGACAUUAAUUGCAUUCACACAACAAACACCAUAUCUAGUCUGCUCUCCCAGAUUCCCCCGGUCUCCAUCGGUGGGAGAGAUCUGCUGUUGGCAGGGAAGACUAUGUGCCUGCACAAGCUUGUUCAUUUAGCCCAGGUUUUCUACUCUGGUUUGUCAUUCUUCAGGUUACCAAUUACCCCCCAAAGUGGUUGGCUCACCCUUGCUGGAGGUCUCCAAAUAGAGUUUGUACACUCAUCCAUUUGGGUUGCUGUAGUUCUGGAUUUCUAGCAUCAAGAAGGGGGUAAGGUUCCCUCUUCCUCUGUGAUUCAGUGUCUGCACUGGGCAGGCAUGCAGGUGGACAGGGUAGCCAUGCCCAACAGGGACAUGAGACAUGAUGCUGGUAACCUAUACUAGAUGGUUCUGGCCAGUUAGCACUGUAGUGAUAAAAACAUAAGAAGAGUCUUGCUGGAUCAGGCCAAUGGCCCAUCUAGUCCAACAGCCUGUUCUCAUAGUGGUCAACCAGAUGUUUAUGAGAUGCUCAAAAGCAGGACCUGUGAUUCACAGCAAAUGGCAUUCAGAGGCGUGUUGUCUCAUACAGUGGUGGUAGAGCAUAGCCAUCACAGCUAGGAGCUGUAGUGGUCGUCACUAGGUUCGUCCUCACCUAGCAGCCCCUAUGCUUCCAGUGUUGACUUGCAAUGUGUCACUGUGGGUGCCAGACCUCUCCAUACCUGUCACCAAUCCACAACCACACAGGGGGAGACUGCUUCUUAUCCCCUUAUCCCUAUAUCAGUUUGGUAAGAAAGGGGAAAUUCUUGCAGAAGUUGUUCUAUGUGGCCCUGUUCUUGGCAAGAAUCUGAGGAAUAUCCAAUGCAAGAAUUUGCCCUUUCUCUCUCAAAAGAAUUCCAGGACUGAAUCUUUGCAAACUCUUAACAAACACAAUCCCUGAAAGUUUUCUCCAAUUCCACCCUCUGCGUCCCCUAAAGACAAUAUUGUGUUUCGAGGCAGAGAUAAGAGAAUGACGAAAUUCUUACGUCUGGCCUAGAAACAUUUAAGAUGGUACAGGUAUCUCGCCAUAACCAAGAGGAACUCCGAUUCAUCUUUCUGUUACUGUGUUAUCUUUGGUAAAAUAUCUCUGGACGGAUUCAAAUGUCUGGCUUUGCUAGCAUGAAGGGAGUUUUUGAAGUCUUAUAGCAGAGAUCUUUAAAAGACAAAGGUUAUAAGAAGAGUCCAAUUCGUGAUGGAACUGUGAACAGACAAAAGCUUGUUUGAAUGGCUGCUUUUCAAAAAAUGUUAUGAAGUAGCAUUUGAAACAGGCAGGGUUCUGACACCAGAUUCCUGGAACAAGAGCUUCUACCAAUCCUUCAUCGUGGAAUCAUGUUGGAUGGAACUCAUAAAGUCCAGUCCAUUGGGUCCAUUUCAGUUUGCAGGAUUUUCCCACAGGGAUCUCCAGAAACACCUCCCUGCCAACUUCAUUUUCUUGAGCCUACCAGUGCAGGAAGCAAGCAGCACUGUGAAGACUGCAGUAGAAAAGUCCCAGGCUUCAGUCCUUCUCUGCAAGCUUCACGUCACAAUAUCUGGAAAGGCUGAUGGUGAUGGGAAAGUUGGUCACCCUGCUUCACAGUAUCCUUGAACACCGCUAUGAGAAUAGUGGAAGAACAUCCUGGAUUGUCUUAUACAAUGGGAAAUGUAGUGUUCUAAUGGUUAUGUUAAGACAUGCAAAGCAUGUUGAUGUAUAAUUAAAACAAGAGGCCUAGAUGAUUCAGAACAGGUCCAGUUCACAGGAAGAUUUAUUUUUGACCACUAGCUCUCAAAGCUGAAGUUGACCAGGGUUAAAAUUCCCGCUGAACUCCUGGUUAGCUGAAAUACUACAAAAUAAUGGACAGCGCACAUCAUCCUUAUCCGAAGAUCAUUCCUGCCUAAGUAUUAAGGUCUUCUUUUAUUAUCAGCACAAAUGCAAUGGUGUUUCUGCUCUCUCACCACUCUCUGCACACCCCACUGCUCCACAUCUGCCCUGGAGGGUUGGAGAAAACCCCAGAACAGACCUGGGGGAGGAGAGUUCAUGAAAGGUGUUCCAUGCAUGUAAUAAUUUAGCUUGAUGCAACCCACUGGGUGAGUGUACAUCAUACAUUUAAAGCACAUUGAAAGCUACCCCCCCAAAACCCAGGAACCCCCUCAAGGAGCUACAAAUCUCAGCACCCUUAAGAAACUACAGUUUCCAAAAUGCUUUAUAGGUGAAAUGUGAUUUAAAUGUAUGGAAAGUACACUGCCUCUGUUUCUUCUUUUAAUAAAUGAUGUUUUAAUGUUUUGCUGUAUCUGUAGUAUAUUAUUAUUAUUAUUGUAUUCGCUACCUUUCUAUCUUGCUUUUUAAACUUACCUACUUUGAAGUUUUCGGGAGGGCAGGGCAUAAAUACCUUAAAUAGCAAACAAGUUAAUAAAGCGAGCAGAUAAAUAAGAGCAGAGCAUUACACUACUGCUAUAUUCUCCAGAUGGUCCAGAAGGAUUUGAUUUUCAAUAGUAGCAAAAGCCACUGAAAGGUUAAGAAGGGUCAUAUCCAUGCAGCCCUCCACCCCAGUUCUUCUCUAUAUGUUGACCAGGACAGCUAAAGCAGUAUUGCGACCAAAUCCUGACUCAAAACUGAUUGCAAUGUGUGUUAUCCAGAAGAGCCUAGAUUUCCAGGUCAUAUUGCCUCCCCAAAGAAGCAGAAAAUUAUAUUAGUAUUCAUUUGAUGAAUCCAGAGAGGACUUCUUGAAGCACUGACCUAUCAAGGCAUCCUUCAGAUCAGACGACAUGUAAAGACGCUUUUCUUUAAGCUUUUUGUUUUUUUACCAUUAAUGUGUUUUAAUGAUCAAGUCAGCAGAGGUUCACGGUUCCUGUCUGCAUUGUCAGGUAAGGGAGUCUGAAACCAAUUAACUAACAUUAUUUUGUACUUAGUCCUUCAAAGUCCCUUUUUCCUUACAGAACUAAAUAAAAAAAGUUCAGUGAUUGCAGCAGGUAUGACGGGAAGCAUUUCAAAUAUUCCUUUAUUUUUCCCCAUUUUAAAAAAGGGGGUAAGUUUAAAAAUCAGAAUCUGACCUUGAAGCAAGUGGAUUGGACCUAUAUAAUAUUUACAUUGGUCUGAUUUCUGAUGGGGCUGUGGAUAUUUGGGGUUUCCCCCUUUAAGGUUGAGCAAUAUAUUUUCAAGAUCACACUUACAGUGGGCGAUAUUAUGACAUUAUCUGGAUAUGGAAAGGAUGUCAUUCCAAUUAAAGAUAUUGCUGUUGUUGUUUAGUUGUUUAGUCAUGUUCAACUCUUCGUGACCCCAUGGACCAGAGCACGCCAGGCACUCCUGUCUUCCACUGCCUCCCGCAGUUUGGUCAAACUCAUGCUGGUAGCUUCGAGAACACUAUCCAACCAUCUCAUCCUCUGUUGUCCCCUUCUCCUUGUGCCCUCCAUCUUUCCCAACAUCAGGGUCUUUUCCAAGUCUUCUCUUCUCAUGAGGUGGCCAAAGUAUUGGAGCCUCAGCUUCACGAUCUGUCCUUCCAGUGAGCACUCAGGGCUGAUUUCCUUAAGAAUGGAUAGGUUUGAUCUUCUUGCAGUCCAUGCGACUCUCAAGAGUCUCCUCCAGCACCAUAAUUCAAAAGCAUCAAUUCUUCGGCGAUCAGCCUUCUUUAUGGUCCAGCUUUCACUUCCAUACAUCACUCCUGGGAAAACCAUAGCUUUUACUAUACGGACCUUUGUUGGCAAGGUGAUGUCUCUACUUUUUAAGAUGCUGUCUAGGUUUGUCACUGCUUUUCUCCCAAGAAGCAGGCGUCUUUUAAUUUCGUGGCUGCUGUCACCAUCUGCAGUGAUCAUGGAGCCCAAUAAAGUAAAAUCUCUCACUGCCUCCAUUUCUUCCCCUUCUAUUUGCCAGGAGGUGAUGGGACCAGUGGCCAUGAUCUUGGUUUUUUUGAUGUUGAGCUUCAGACCAUACAGACCAUUAAAGAUAUAGAGAUCACCUAAUUACAGGUGGUAGGAUUAUUGGAAGGUAUUGGGGAAAGCGAAUCUCUCAAACAUAAGUGGUUGUGAAUGAAACUGACUGGGACUACUUUAAGUUAAUGGUAUCACUUGACAACAUUUUGGAAUGGGAGAUUUUGCACCAAAUAUAUUGUAGCAUUAUUAUUUUGCUAUGAAAGAUCUGUCAGUGGUUUAGUAUUAUUUGAGCAGACUUGAGCAGUGAUAGCAAAUGAUAACAAAAACAUGAAACUACAUUUUGAUUCAUCCUAUAUGAUAUUUUUAUUUUUAGAUGCUUAUACAUUGGUUACUAGUUUAAAUUGCCCCAACAUAUGUGUUUGGGAACGGUGAUAAUAAUCUGCGACUUGCUGUGUAUUCCAUAGAGCGCUGGGCGUUUUAUUCUGUUCAGCUUCUGUACUCAGAAAAAGGACUCGCCUUCUAAGGAGCCUUGUUAACUCUAGGCAUGCAUCAAAAGCAGGGCAAAGCGAGGCUGUGUGGUCUUGGGAAGUCAUUUCAACCAGAUUAGAUUGUUCGCAGGGUGCAGAACUGCCCCACUGGGGAAGCGACAAAGGAAGCUGAAAGCGGCUGGGUCCCCGCCCUCCCUCCCAAUCCCGCCCUCCCCUUCCCAAGCCAGGUGCAGCCUCACGGGGGCGGGAGGGGGAAUAUUUCCAGGCAGGGAAAUGUAACUUGCUGGGCUGCCCCGUCUCCCCAAGAGCGCACCUCGGACCUGCCUCGGCGCCCCUUCCUCCCUUCCCACGGUCCGUGUUUGAGUUAGUAAUGGGUGUUUAAUUGGGGGAGGGAGAGCAAUUGCCCUCUCCCUGAGGAGGGGGCCCGCCUCUUCGCCUCGGCAUUUAUUGCCCUACAAAUUGUUACUUCCUCCUCGCCUUCGACUUCACAGCGCCGCUUGUAAAUCACUCACGUCGAGGCGCUCCAGAGGAGAAGCGCAGCAGCGGGGGCGCGCGCGGACCGCUCAGCAGGCGCAGAGGAGCGUCGGAUUCAGGCGCAGGCUGCCGAUAGGUUCGGGGGUAAAUUCUGAAGUGCUGGCGCUCUUCAGGACAACCUCCGUGGCCACACACACACACCCUUCUAAGAAUUUUUGUGCAAUGCCUAGACAGCCAGUUUCUCUCCCUCUCUCACUCCCAACUCCCGCUUUCUUUCACAUCCAACCUGACGAAGGACUCUGGUGGAGUCGAACGCUUGCUCACUACUAUUUGGUCCUAAUAAAGGGCCUUUGGACCUUUCCAAAUAAAGCUGGCAGAUGGACCCUCAGCCAUGCAGACUGAUGUAACCCCUCGCUUCCACCACUGAUAUUAUUUUCUGGUUUUCUCUCUGAAAGAGGACAGUAGGGGAGAUAAGUGCCUUGCCAGUCUCUGCUUCGCGGCAGUCCUGGAGAGAGGAUGGAGAGAUAAACGAGGUCCUUAGUCCAGGCAGGAGGCAAAUAUGGAGAGGAGAUCGUAAAAACACACACAAAAAAUCCCCCCAAAAACCACAACCUUCCACGCCACCCAUCAGCUCGAAAGGUGGGGUCCGCUUGUCUCUUUUCUUCCCAGUUUACGAACCAAUACCUCACCACCCCCCAUUCGUUUUCGACUAUGCAGAUCGCAUUUCUUUCAAAGCUCGUAUCCGGUUCAAGACUCCUAGAUCUGAAACGGAAUGAUGCCGGAUCCCUUGGAAUAACGGGCCUCAAUGAAGACUUUAGGCUAGGCGCUAGUGCUGCGUGGUUUCGACGGAAAGCGCGCAGCCUGAUCCUAAGGAGGCUGACUCAGGUGCCGCCACCUUGAAUAAAAUAUUGUGGGGGUCCAAGUAAGCCCUGCCCCGCAUAAUCGAUCACAUGGCAGAGCCCAUCAAGUGGGGGGCGCCCCGUAAAAUAUUUUAUUGGAGGGGGGGCGAAGCCCCCUCGGCCCCUAGGAGUUGGCUCCUAUGCUCAGAAAUAAGUGGGUCGAACUAGGAUCUGGGACGUCAGCGUUCAAACCGGUCUCUCGGCCUAGCCUAACUCCCUUGUCGUGAGAAGAAAACGGAGAGAGGUGGGCGAAGAACCCUGUACAGCGCCUUGCACCUUGGAGAAAAGGUGGGGAUAGGAAAGCAAUAAAUAAAUGAGCGUUGCUCCUCAUCUUCAAGAAGGACAGGCUCAACAUGGUUUUCUUGGUUAAGGCAAUCUGGGGCUGCAGCGAUUUGGGAGCAUUCUUCUUCUUUUUAUAAAACAGAUUUCCAGAAAGAAUCGCUGACCACAUCCGACUCCCAGCCCUCGCUUCGAAUCCGACCACAUCAAAGUGGUGCCCCCGCCCCAAAAUGUCCACCGGACAAAACGACCACGGCCCCGAGUGGGACGGCGCGUUGUGGCGCAGACGGGCUGCCUGGCUUUGGGCAAGGGCUCUGCAGGGAGAGGGAGGCAGGCAGCCCAGGCUCCCGCUGUGGAAAUUUCACUGGGGGCCACAUUCGUUGUUUGGGAGCCCGUCUGCAUCCCUUGCCCUAAAAAGGAAGGUGCCCCCCCCCCGCCCACGAAAGAGCGCUGGCUGACUGUUGCGGAGGGGGAGCCUGCCGCUGCUCGGCGCCCGGGGCCGAAAGGGGGCGGAGAACGUCUGAGGUGCUCAGCUUGAAAGCGGCCGCGGUAAUACGAGCGAGAUGGAAGGCAGGAGCGAGCUGCUCUGCCGCCCACGCCGCCCCUUUUCUUUCCUUUUCUGCUUUUAAGGCAGGCAAGGGCGCAUCAGGAUGAGGAGAAGGUGGUCAGGGAGGGAGGGGGGCUGCGCGCGCGCACACACACACACACACACACGGUCCUGGCGUCCAUUCCAGACAGCUUCUUCCACAACCCUCCCCAAUCCCCAAAACCAGCCCUGAAAUGUGCUUGGCGAGGGCGAAUUCGUGCCCAGCGCCUUUAUCCUGCCUUUCCAAGCCAACGCCCCGCCCGCUCUGCUGAGCAGGUAUUUCUCUUCACCCGUUAUAUAUACACUGUACACACACACACACACACACACACACACACGUGUCCCACUUGGAAGGCUAGAGAUUUCACCCACAAUCCCGGAUUCUCACCCGCACUUAUAAUUCCGGACGCACAACCCAACACCAUAGUUAAGCACUGUUGAUUUCAGUGCGCUUGACUUUUAAGUCCCGUUUUAAAUCCAUGGGGGAAUUGGUUUGUUGUUUGUUUGUUUGUUUGUUUGUUUGUUUGUUUGAAAUGCCUUAACAGUGGUAUCCCCCCUAAAAAGGUGAACUAAAGCUUCAAUACUAUGCUGUUAAAAACGCGCACGCGUUAUGGGUGAUAUCCAAUAUUCAUACGCAGAGUAGACCCAAUGGAAUCAAUGGACUGAAGUCAGGCUGGGUACGACUUAAAAUUGGAAUAAUAAUAAUAAUCCCCUGUCUGAUCGAUUCCUACUUGUGAGGUAGAAAUCGUGGGAAAAGGAGAGAUGGUUGAAAAAUGUGUGGCUGAGAGUCUUUAAUAUUAUGUUUUAUUUCACAUGAAAGAAGAUUGAAUGAUUGGGUGUAUUUCAGGUUUUUAGAGGGGCAGUUCACCAGGCUGCAUCCUAAGCACAUUCCUGACUAGGCUCAGGUUGCCCAGGUGAAACUGACUAGAUUAGUUUACUCACCUACGACCAGUCCUUCAGGGAAGUAGGAGUUUCCGGUUACCCCCAGUGCGUCAUCUCUUGAAACAUAUACAAUCUGUAGCAUUUAAUUUUGUUGUAUUAUAAACUGCUGCACUGGGUUCGAUCAUAUUGGCUAAUAUCACUGUAGCCCGAUGUUAUGCAUGUUUACUCGGAGUAACUGCAGUAUGUAGGACUGCUGCCACAUUUUGGUCAUCGCUCCAGUUGUAGGUUCUUUGAGCAGAUCAGGACAUUUCACCGGGCUACUUCUGUCCUCAGCAUCGUUUUUAACCACUCGCCAUUGAACAAGCAGGCGACUGUAUUUAGCAGGUUACACUACAGCCAUUGGGGUUUUAUUUUCUUUAUUUAUAGAAGCUUUUACAAAGCGAUUUAAAACAAACGAACGCAAAAGGAACCUCUCUUUACGAACAGUUCUGUAAGGGUGGACAGACGCAACAUACGUAACUUACCACAUAGAGACAAGCACAUCUGUGUUUUUAUUUAUUUAUGCAUACAUAAAUAAAUUUAAUCCGGUCAAUUGUAUGACAGCCAUGCAACGUUCCCAUACCUAGUGGAAACCAGGAAGCUGGCCGAAAUUUGGCUAAUUGAUUGAUCCACCAAAAAGUGUUUCCUUUCAUCAUUCCAGACAAAAGGAAAUCGUUUAAAUCACCAAAGGCUGUCUGUGAAAUCUUUGAAUGCUGCUGGUGGUUGGUGGUUUCUCUCUCUCUCUCUCUCUCUCUCUCUCUCUCUCUCUGCCCCCCCCCCCCGAUUCUUGAGCUGCUGUCCAAACCUCUUUUCUCAUCCUUCCUUUUCGUUUUAAACGUGUAUUUGGACGUCAAGUCGUCCGUCCUUGUCACGCAUUGUGAGCCUGUGGGGAUCGAGAAAAGCCGGUGCCCGACCCCAGGAGCGUGUUUCUCUCAAGGUAGACAUUUUCAGAUGCAAAAUCACUUUUUCAGUUAGGAGUUGAGGGGGUUUUCUUGGGGGGGGGAGAUAGGAAACCAUCAGCCCCAUCCCUCGUGUGGGUGGCUGGGUGGGUGUGAGGGGGCGAUGUGGUGCUCUGCAAAAGGCCACCCGGGAGCGUGCGUGCGCGUGUAGAUGCGCGCGCCCUCGCGGCUGGACGCGGUGCUGCGAGCCUGUGCGCUCUCAUCCUGGAUGCGGUCUGGAAGCUCACCCGGGACUUGUCUCUUUUCCUCGCUUGCGCUAUUAUCAGAUCAGUCUCCUGUGGCCGGGAGCGCCUUUCCUACGUACGAGCCGUCGAUUAAUGCGAUGUGCCCCUAGCCUUUCCCCUGGCAUUUCGGGACCCCCGUUUCCCUUCCUACCUCCCCUCCCCUCCCCUCCUUUUCCUCCCCCGCCUCUCUCCCGCCCUCUCUCUCUCUCUCUCUCUCUCUCUGUCAUUCUGGAGCCCUGAAGGCUGCCCUGAUCGCAGCACCGCCACUUAAUCCAAACAGCUGGGCCUCUCCAGUUUGCUUUCCUCGACGACGUCUAUUUACUUAAAGAGAUCUAAAACCAAUUAAGAAGGGGGAGAGGAGGAAGAGGGAGGGAGGAAGACGAGGAAACCGACCUGGAUUGAAACAAACAAACAAGCAAGCAAACAAGCGAGCGAGCGAGCCAAGGAGCCCCCCUCCCGCCCGACGAGAACCACAACCUAGCGGCCGCCUCGUCCAUGCGUCCCGAUUGGACCCGGCGCGGCGGUGGCCACCUAGGAGAGCUGCCUCGGCCGCUGCAGCCCGGCGCUCUUCCCUGAUGGGCCCGUCGGGGCUGUGCUGUGCCCGGAGCUGAGCGCCGCUGCGGCCCCCGCCAUGCCACAAUGGUGACCGCCUGGCUCGUCCUGCUGAGCGCCUUGCAGGCGGCGCGGGGCUCCCCCGGGCCGGCGGCGGCCGGCGGGGCCCCGUGGGGCCCCCGUGCGCCCGGGGAGGGCCGUCGUGCGACCCGCGCUGGCGCAGAGACGCCGGCGGGCGCGGCGGCGUCUACGAGCAUCUCGGCGGAGCGCCGCGGCGCAGGAAGCUCUACUGCGCCACCAAGUAUCACCUCCAGAUCCACGCCAACGGCAGGAUCAACGGCACCUUGGAGAAGAACAGCGUCUUCAGUGAGUACCGCUUGGCCCCCUGCCCGACCCUCACCCGCUAGCCGAGCUCCCCGAGACCCGACGUGGAAGCCAGCCCCCCCCCCCCCCAAAUCUGGCUCCCAAAUCGAGGCGCGUUUAGCCCCGACGACCGGGCCUCGCCGCCGCCUCUCGGCGAUUCGACGGCUCCUCGGCCACCGGGUCCGGGUGACGGGACACCUGGAGAAACCCGCCCGAUGAACCCCAUGAGCCGUCGAGAAUUAAAGGCUGCAGCUUAGAGGCAUGCAAAAGGGAUCAGGCGUGCGCGCUGAGAGGUUACCCACGGGAAAUUUCUCACCCAAGGGGAGAUUUUUUAAAAAUAAAAAAAAUCAGAUCAAAGCGGGCGGUUUUAAAGCAGAGGUUGGACGGCCAUCUGUUAGGAAUUCUUUUGCGGCAAUUCCUGCGCUGUAAGGGGUUGGAUUAGAUGACUUUCAGGGUCCCUUCCAACUCCACAUUUGCGGAAAUCUCCGUGCCCGUCCCGUCCUUUGUGCAAUCUUGAUAUGUUGUAAUAAUACCUUCGAUUUAUUUCAGCCAGGGACUAAAAUUUGAGCUCAAGACCCUGCUUGGGUCUUCAAACACAUUGUGUUUUUUGGGUGGGGGAGCCACGCUGAAAAUAAAUAAAUAAACAUUCGCACCUAGCUCCGGAAACAUACUGUAGCAUGUGUUGACUUUUGCCAAUUCAGUUUGAGCAAAACGUAGGGGAGUAACAGUCCCUACUGUACACAAUGGGGGGAAAGCAGGCAUUCUCUGGCUUUGCCAGUUCAGCCUUGGAAAUUUUAAGCAAUGAUUGGCAACCUGUAGGAGAGAUGCUUAGGAUAAAGGGUCUGGCCAGGGCAAGUGAGAACCAUAAGGAUAGGACAACAAGACCAUGCUUCUGACCAUGUGCAAAGUAUUUUCUGCUGGCCAUUGGAUAAUCACCAUCAGCUUCCAGAUAAGGCAGUGGCUGAAAAGAUGUGCAUGAUAGAUGGUUGGCCAUGCUUGUCUUUUUAGGGAUAAAUUUUAGAAAGGUUAUUCUACCCACCCAUCCUCAAGCAACCAGCCCAGAAGACAUUAUAAAUAUAACCCUCAAAGGAACACAACAAGUACCGGUAGGUUAAACAUCAAUUUCAUGGAAUAUAAAGGCUGUCAGUGGUUCUAUACUAGCCUCAGUGGUUAUACUCUGCCUCCGUGGGUGCAGGCAGCAUGUUUCUGAAGUUCAGCUGCUGGAAGCCAUGGGAGACCCCACGGGCUCUUGGUUUGCCAGUGAGAACAGGAUGCUGGGCUGGACAGGCAACUGACUUGAUCUGGCAGGGCUCUUCUUAAGCUAUGUUCUUGUGCUUGUCAAUCAUCUUCCAGUGGCUACCACUGAUGCAGCGGACUAAUAAAUGUACAGUGGUACCUUGGGUUGCAGAUGCUUCAGGUUGUAGACUCUGCUAACCCAGAAAUAGUACCUCGGGUUAAGAACUUUGCUUCAGGAUGAGAACAGAAAUUGCACGGCGGCAGCAGGAGGCCCCAUUAGCUAAAGUGGUGCUUCAGGUUAAGAACAGUUUCAGGUUAAGAACAGGCCUCCAGAACGAAUUAAGUUCUUAACCAGAGGUACCACUGUAUUAGUCUUUAAGGUGCCAUGAGACACAUUUGUUGGUUUUGCUGCAAAGAAAGAAAGAAAGGGAGGAGAGAGAGAGAAAGACCAACACUACCACUCUGGAAAUUAAAUCUGUUUUUGUGGCAAGUCUUAGUCUAAGAAUUGUGGCUGUUUUGCUUCCACGUAUUUAAUUUUUAAUGUUUUUCUUUGUUUUCUGCCUUGCACUUUACAUAUCAAAUACUCUCUGCAGUCAAACAUAAGACACAAUGGGAAACAAACCACUGUGUGUGUGUGUGUGUGUGUGUGUGUGUGUGUGGUCACAUCCACACCAUCCAUUUAAAACACUCUUAUGACACCAUAACCAUCAUGGCUUCCCUCAAAGAACCCUGGGGACUGUAGGAAGGGUGCUGGGAACUUUAGCUCUACGAUGGGUCUCCUAACAACUCUCGCACCCUUAACAGCCUACAGUUCCCAGGAUUCUUUGGGUGGAAGCCAUGGCUAUUUAAGUGCUUUAAUGGAUGGUGUGGAUGGAGAAAGGCUAGUUCCAUCAUGACUAGGACUAGUGAGGCUGGGAUCCUUUUCUUUUUUUGCCUCUGGAUGAUGCGAGUGGGGAAUAUAUUUUUUUGAAAGCAGCUUCUAAAAUUACCCCCCCCCACCAGGCUGUUCCUCUGCCGCUCCAGACAGAAAGCAAAGGGCACAAAGGAAGGGGCUCCCAAGAAUCCUCAGCAUAGGUCUUUUCAGGUUUGUCUCUCCCCAAAAGGAGAGGAGCGGGUGGGAGCCCAAAGGACUUUCCUCUCCUCUCCCUUUUGUUCCUCCUCUUCCUGGAAAUCUUUCCUGGACGUAACUUGUUUCUCUCCCCCUCUCUCCUUCUCAUCUCUCCAAAUAUACAUCCCUGUGGGGAGGAGAAUCAGUGCUAGAAGAAGCAAAGAAACUCUCUGGAAUUGACAAAAGUUAAGGAUCCACUGGGGACUGCUCCUUAGUUUAUCGUCUCCUAAGGUGUGAGUUCCCAGGACCAGCUUUCAAAUCCCUCUUCCCUUUUAUGACACCAGGUCAGAUUGCAGCACUAAUCCUGGAGAGGGAGGCGGCUGGUUUGUAAAUAAUGUGUCAAGAUGACUUUCACACUUCCGUCUGUUCAUCUCAGCCUGUUUGUUUGGUUUCCCUUCCCCUCCUAUUCACCUUGUUUGAUUUGUCUUUGGAGAGUUAGGGCACAUUUUCUGAAUGGGCUGCGGACAUGGUAGGAUGGGCACAUUUGCUUAUCAAAGGCAGGCUGCAUGUGUUAAAGACUAUCCUGUGCAAAAGGAGGAACAUUGCAGUCAGAAGUCAGGGCGCACUCAGACAUGGACACCCAUCACUCGGUGGCAAGGGUGCAGGGGUGGCAUAAUAACUGUCAUCUCAAGCAGUACUUUCAGGCAGCACAGUAAUUUUCAGUGGAAGCAGUUCAGGCCAAAGCAAAACACUCUAGCAACUCCUGCACAUCAAAGGGACUUAAAAGAGCUUAGCUUUGGCUUGGUUUUGCCACACCUGACUAUGUGCAUCACAUACCUGGAUCAUGGAAUCAUAGAAAUGUAGAAUUGGAAGAGAGCCCAAUGGUCACCUCCUCCAACCCCCUUAAAUGCAGGGAUCUCAACUAAAGCAUCCUUGACAGAUGGCCAUCCAACCUCUGCUUAAAAACCUCCAAGGAAGGAGAGUGAACCACUUUCCGAGAGAGUCCGUUCCACUGUUGAGCUGCCCUUCCCAUCAGAAAGUUCUUCCUGAUCUUUAGUCGCAAUCUCCUAACUUGAAGCCAUUGGUUCGGGUCCCACCCUCUGAAGCUGGAGAAAACAAGCUUGUUCCCUCUUCCAUGUGACAGCCCUUGAGAUAUUUGAAGAGGGCCAUCAUAUCUCCUAUUCUCUGCUAUGACCAGCUUAUAUUCAUUGUAUAAAACUUUCACGAAGGUUCCUCAAGACUCUGUGAAAAGAGGGAAUAUAUUUCAAUUAAUGUAUAGUGGGCAGAUAUAUGUGAAGCAGAUUAAAUGAAACAGAUUAAGCAGAUAAGAAUUAAACUCAUUGAGAUGUUCAAAUCUUGGUCAGUUGUGUACAGCAUAACCCCUCCAUUGUACCACAACAUCAUAGAAUUGUACUGUAGAAAGUGAACCUUUCAGUCCUAAUCUCUUGCUUCAAGAGGUUUAAUCUCAGGCAUCUUCAGGUAGGCCUGGGAGAGGCUCCCACCUGAAACCCUGGAACGCUGCUUUCGACCAGUGCAGGCAGUACUGAACUAGAUGGGCCAAUGGUUUAAUUUGGUUUAAAGCAGCUUCCCCUCUUGACACAGGCCUACCCAAUCUUUUGUCCUUUGAUCUCAAAGGAAAGGAAUAUCAUUUCUUGAAUGCUUGCUGUUCACCUGCACAGAGAAGAAGAGAAAAUCUACUUAUGGGUAAAUUUACACAUACAUCCACUCAGUGGCACUCAUUCAAGUGACAGCUUGAUCAAACACUUCAGACAGAGAUUUAAUAGCACAAUAUUUUUCAGUGGUGGCAGUUCGCACAUGUAACUUAAAACCAUCAAGUGAUGCCAAAGCACAAUGGUGAAUGUGCCAAUUGUGGGAUAUUUAAAAUGCAGUCACGCCAACAAUUUUGCUAGAUAGGCACAGGACAGGAGCUGAAGCUCACCGAGAUUUCCUGUAAACUUGCUAGAAUGAACCCUGUGAGAGACACUCCCACUGUGCCCUGACAGAAGGAGGGCAUAGCUAUAUAUUCUCCUACCUGCCUGGGCACACCCUCUCUCUCUCUUGCCAUCUCUUUCUGCUCUGCCAGCAACAUGAGAACAUCUGCUGGGUCUGAGCUCCAAUGCUUGGACUUAAUCUUAAGCUGGACUUAAGUAUGUUUUUGUAACUGAAUUACCAUUUUAAGCCUGCCUGAACAAAGCUGUGGUUAUCUGUUACUCUUCAACAAGUGUUCUGAGUGAGUAAAUGUUAUUUCUACCUGUUAAAAGAUUGCUUGUUUGAUUAUUGCUUUAAGGGGGAGAAAAGAGGGAAAUACAAGGAGAAUCCAGUUUGCCUUAAAGCAUCCUGGAUUUCUUAAACUAAAAGGCUAAAACUAGCCUAUCUAACUUCCCUUUUAAGCUGCAACUCUGCUGAACUCAAACACGAGGAAGGAUGAUAUCUAAGAAAUAUACCCUCUCCUAGCAUCUAUUCACAUCCCAUCGCCAAGCAAUUCUAUGGUCCUGCCAUGCUGGCAGCCAGUUUAUGCCCACAUAUUGUCAGUCCAUUACCCACCAUGACAUGUGACUUGGGUGAAAAGGAUAUAUGCACAGAAGGAGUAGUAUUUAAAAUAUGUCUUACUUCUUCAUUGCCAUAGAAAUCCUAAAGCAGGUUACAUUCAAAUCAAAUGCACGUUGUAUAUUAAAACAAACCAGGCAGGAAGAAAAUUGGUUCAUCUAUCAUCUAUCUAUCUAUCUAUCAUCUAUCUAUCUAUCUAUCUAUCUAUAUCUAUCUAUCUAUCUAUCUAUCUAAUCUAUCAUCUAUCAUCAUCUAUCUAUCUAUAUCUAUCAUCUAUUUAUCUAUCUAUCAAUAUAAUGACAAAUGAUUCAGGAGUCCUCACAGAAAAGCCUGGACAAAUAAAUAGGUCUUUAUUUGGAACUAAAAAGAGUUUCCUCUAGCCAUAACUGAGAAAUGAGAGAAUUCUAUAAAUGGGGUGUCAGUACCAUGAAGGCCCUAUCUCUUCAUUAGGCAUCUGUGUCCUGAGCUGUAUAUAGCUUUAUAUAUAUAGCUUGAACUUAGCUCAGCAGCAUAUAUAGGUAGCCAGUGGAAUUCUUUUAGAACUGCUAUAAUAUGCUCACAGUAGAGAGCCCCACACAACAGCCUAGCUGCGGCAUUUUGUGCUACCUGCUGCUUCUGAACUAACCUUAAAGGCGUAGAGCUCAUUAUAGUAAUUCAGAGGUGGGGAGCUGGAGGGAGCUGGUGGGCCAGAACCUUAUAACACACCCCAAUGAGCAACUUUGUUGGUCACCUGGUAACAGCAGGUGCUUCUUUAGUGCCAAUCACCUGUUUGGUGCUGGAAGUGCACCUUCAAAGAGGAUCCCUGUAACCAAUGAUCAGCUGGUCAUCAGUUACUGGGAGCCCUUUUGAAGUCUCAGUAGAGGAAGAAAUACUCCUAAAAAUGGAACAUUUUUAAAGGGUCCCUGAAGGGGAAAACCAUAGUGCAGCUGAUUCCAGCUGAUUGUCAGGGCUUUAGUUUUGCAGGGCUCUAUUCAAGCACCGACCACCAGCUUAUUGUUGGCAUCCAUGCUGUGCUUUGAAGCCCCAACAAUCUCUUGAAUGGGUUUCAACAGAAAGCAUGGCUUGAAAGUGCCUUGCAAUUGUACAAUGCUCAUCUGUAAAUCCCUGUUUGGUCCAGCCGUGACUUUAUUACAGGGCAGGUGACUGGCCUGGCCAGAACAGCCUGGCAGGCCAAAUCAAGUCCAUAGGCAGGUUUCUCAUUUCUGCAGUCAUCCCAUGAUAGCCACACGUUGAGUCUGGACUCCUAUUAAUAUUCAUAUUAUUGUUUAAAUUUAUUAGUAUCAUUUUCUUGGCUGCAGGCAGCUCAAAGCGACUUGACAAAAAGCUAACAAAACAAAAACAAGAAACCCAUACAUUCAUAAAGACCAAGAAAAGAAAAUACAUUAAAAAUAUCCAUACAGGAUGAAAGCCCACCUAGAAGCUGAAAGCCUGCAUAAAAGGCCACACAGAGAGAGGGCUAGCCUGGUUCAGAAAUCCACUUGUAACAUGGACAUGUCACGAUAGAGCAUGGGGAAGCUGCAUGAUAUUGGCAACAUGGAGAGUGGUCCAUUAUCCCUGUCCUGUCUAGGUAUGGUCCCUCUUCACAUUAUUAGUACAGUGGUACCUCAGUUUAAGAACAGCCCUGUUUACGAACUAUUCAGUAUAUGAACUCCGCAAAACCAGAAGUAGUGUUCUGGUUAGCAAACUUUACCUCGGUCUACGAUUGGAAGCCAAAUGGUGGAAGGGCACCGGCGGCAGGAGGCCUCAUUAGGGAAAGCGCACCUUGGUUUAAGAACGGCUUUGGUUUAAGAAUGGACUUCUGGAACGGAUUAAGUUCAUAAACCGAGGUACCACUGUAUAGGAAUGGGGCUAUAGCCAGAACCCUGUUCUAUGUAAUGACAUUGCAGGUGGACUGGGAGGUGUGGACUGAGGCUAUUCCUGCCCUGACAUGCCCCCAUUGCUACCACUCUCCAGUCCUUCCACUAGCAGAGUUUCAUCAGUGGUGGGGAUUUGCCAGCAUAUCUCUGCUUUGCCAGUCCAUCCCCGAACUUACAUCAAUGAUGUUUUCCUAUCAUCUGCCAGUGCAGAGGACUUACACCAAGUCUUGAGGCUUCUCUGCCAGUAUAGGAUGAUGCUCUGAGUGAUGUACAUACAUGCAGGUGAACUGGCUAUAAGACAGUUUCAGUGCAAAAGACAGUACAAAAUAGCUCCACCAUCCUUCCUGUGAAGGAAAAGGCAGCAUCUUUUCAAAAACUGUUUAAAGACCUUAAUUGAGUUUAAGCAGGAAUAAUUUCUUAGCAAAUGAGAUACCAAAUUCAGUAAUGAAAGCAACAAGCUUUUAAACUACUGGUGUCACAAUCUGAAAUGAAAAGAAUAAAUUUGUGCAUGAAUGAUGUUGAUUAUUCUGACAGCAUCUCCCAAGUGCUUUCCUAUCUGUUGGGUCUCCGCACAUAUAACAUUUUUUCAGCGUACAUAUAAAAUCUGUUUCCCACCCCACUCUGUGGAAUGUCUAAAACCAUCAUGUGACUUGCAUGAAUGUGAUGGACAAGUGUUUGAAAGCGUAUGUCUAGUUAGUUGUUUUUACAUGUUGUGUUUUCUCCUGUUUAUUGUACAAUGCUUUGUGAGUCUUGGGCUUUAAAUGCAGAAUGCAUUUAAAACACACACGGAAGCAAGCAGGCAAAUAUGUGUCACAUGGCUACUCUGCUCAGAGAGCCAGGCUUGCUUGCACAAUCUCUUUUGGAUGUUAACAUAGUGGGAAACACGAGUUGGUUGCUCUUUAAUGUGUGAAGCAGUCCGGGAUACAUGCAUACCUUUGGCUUUCUUGUUGUUUCACUUGUCUGGGCGAUGAGACCCUUUCCUUUGAUGGUCUGAAAUAGUUCCACUCUUUGAAUGUGGCUUAGACUGCCACAUUGUCCUUCCCUGCAAGGGCUGCGCUGACUUUCUAAAUGACAGACUCCAUUCAUGGUUCCAUACGUGGCUUCUAAGAUGCUUCAGCCUCUCGUCUGAACUCCAUUUUGCCCUCUGGAGAUCUCAGCCGAAGCAUUGUCCCAAAAUGGGCAGCUUUGUGGUUUGCUUCAGUAAGUCAAGCACCCUUGUGUCCCCUAAGAAAGGCAUUAAAGGGGAUUUAAACUUUUUAUAGACAUAUAGGAUUAGGUGGCCCUCUAGUUCAAUGUCAGAUCUUUCUUUUUCUGAGGCAGUUCAGUCUCAAUCAAACAGCUGGGGAUUUACUAGCAAGAGUUUGCUUCAAACAAUUCCCAUGCUUUUAUUUUUCUUCCCCUUCCCCUUUUCUUUUCAAUACAAAAGGGUUUGCUUAUGAACUAAGUCAUGAAUGCAGGUAUCUUGUGAGAUGGUGCUCUUAAAUGGGAUGUUUCCCAGAUGGAAGUAGCAUUUGGGCAAUUUAAUAUUAACAGCUGAAGACACAGCCCAUUCACUGGGAGACCCAGGUUCGCAAUUCUUGCUCAGUUCUAGAUUCAGUCCAUAGCCUUGAACAAGUGCAUCAUUUUUUCACUUCUGUGGGAAUUGUAAUAAUCAACUUCAUCAAUUUAUUGGGAGGAUGAACGGAACCAGAGCUCCUGACAGCCAGUGUGAUGUAGUGGUUAGAGUGUAGGACUGAGACUUGGCAGACCUGGGUUCAAAUCCUCUGUCACCUGUGAAGCUCACUGGGUGGCCAUGGGCCAGCCAUCUGCUCUCAGCCUAACUUACUUCACAAGGUUGUUGUGAGGAUAAUAUGUGUGUGGGGGGGGGGACUGUGUAUGCCGCCUUGAGCUCCUUGAAGGAAAGAUGGGAUACAAAUGAAAUAAAUAAAUAAAUGAAAUGAAACAAAUCACUUUGCAGAGCAACAUGUCAAUUAUGAACACAAUUAAGUAGGAGAUGCAGGGAUCUCUGUGGUGCCUCGUCCAUCACAGUGUUGGGUUUCUUAUUUGCAAUCCGGUGACCCCCCAGAGCUUCUGGAUAUGUUUGCCUGACAGCACAGAUCUGAGACAAGUAUGUAGUCCCAGUGACAACAAGUGGUUUUGUGGGAUAUGAAACACAAGAGCAGUCAAGUACAACAUUCCUAGAGUGAACAUGUUUACACAUGGGAAGGGUUGUUUGUCCAGCCAGCAGGUAAACUUCCCAUUUCCUUCUGGGCUGGGACAGACUUCCUCUGCAUGUGAGUAGAGGUGGGUGUGGCCUCACCUGUGCAGGUAAUGAGAAAAGCACAGGGCAGGGCAGCCAUCUCUCUCCUCUCUUUCACCACAUGCAUCGAAGAAACAACAUCUACUGAGCCAAAGAUGCCCUCUUGGCUUCCAGCCAAGAGAGGACAAAGGGACUGUCUUCUUAAGAGAUAGAUUCCAAGUGUAAGUUACUUCAUUAAGCUAGGUCUGCCUUCUGGGAUCUGAUUGUGAACAGAAUGUGAGUAAACUCUUUUUAUACUUUUGUAAAAGACUGUGUUGUCCCUUAUAUUUUAUGAGGGAAUAAGGGGGAAAUACCAGAACAGUUAUUAUAGAGGCUUUAGCGAGCCUGAGCAAACGCAGCCGCUGCAAAUUUAAAAGAAGGGAAUGUUACUCUGCUGAAAUUGUGGAACUUGUUAACACAAGUGGGAUAAAGAUAUAAUCAGGCAAUAUAUCCUCUCCUGCAUCCCUGAACAUUCCCACAGGUUUUACCUGCAGGUAAACAUGGGAGGUUCAUGAUGUAAAAGUGCUACAAAUUUUGUUAGUAAUAAUAAUAAUAAUAAUAAUAAUAAUAAUAAUUUAUUGUACAUCAUUGUAUAUCAUUAAGCUAAAGCCUUCCUUUUCUGUUUUAGGCAUCCUUGAGAUUACUGCAGUGGACGUUGGAAUUGUUGCCAUCAAAGGCUGUUUCUCCGGCAGAUACCUGGCCAUGAACAAAAGAGGCAGACUUUAUGCUUCCGUGAGUGCUAUUUACAACAGAAGCAUCUUAACUAUGGCAAGGAAACUGAAGCAUCCUACACUGGAGUGCCAGUCAUUUUCAAUGGGGAUUUAAAUACCAUUGUAGUCCAAAGGACGCAAAUACUGGUGUCUAUGUACAAACGUUUAUAGAGAACAGAAAUAUGUCCUUUGGUUUUAAUGUGGGGAUUAAGUAGCCAAUGCUUGGAGGCCUCUAGAUAAACUAUUAUGGUAAGCGCCAGGCAUGCUCAUUUUCCUUUCAUGUGUGCUGCUGAUCAGCCAAGGAAGGAGGGAGAGAGAGAAAAAGAGAGAAAGACAGAGAGCACGAAGGAUUUAUAACUACAUAAAUUUACAUGUCAAGAUAUCCUUUUAGAGACUGUAAGUAACUCACUCAGGUGAAUAAGUGUAAAGAGGUAAGGAAGUCUACAAUUCACAUUGUGAUUAGGAAGGUUUCUCAAAAGAAAAAUCUCCUGGGGAUGUCAAUGGGAGUCCCAUUUGCACAAUGCUAUGAAUGGGCUCCCAGUGUGCGUAAAGUAAUUUAAGUUGGGAUCUAACACAGCAGAGAGGUGCAGCACCAAAGCUGCUAACAGACGGAAAGAAUGUGCAAAUGAAAUGAAGUUUUCCUCCAACACUUUCCAAUUACCCUUCUGUACUUUAAUCCGACUUCCCGGUAUGUGUAUGAUAGGAUACUUUACAAUGAGGAUUUGAGAGAUACUGCACUGCCAGAUAAGGAAGGCUGAAGAAGGGUUUUAAUACACAUUUACUGUGCAUAUUAUUUAAUGGAAUCCAGUGCAAUGUUGGGAGAAAAGUAAGAGAAAAGCAUUAAUCUGUAGUGUUAAGAUGAGGAAACGACUCCAUCUUCCCUCUCAAUAACCCAAGUGCAACAUGUGGCUGAGAGAUGUUAGGUAACUCCUCACAGAGCUGCCACUGUCAGCACCCUUAACAAACCAUCAUUCCCAGGAUUCUUUGGGGAAAGCCAUGACAGUUAAAGUGCUAUACCACUUUUAAAGAGUGCUUUAAAAGUAUGGUGUGGAUGUGAGUUGGCUGCACUGGUCAACUAAUUACUGGAUUCCAGGGUGAGCCAACUCCCCCCCUCCAAAAAAAAUCCCACUCAGAAUGGAACAUGUGAGUUUCCCAAGUAUUUUUCCAAGCAUGAGGGAUUCUUGUGCUCUAGAUCAAGGGGCUCCUAAACUAGCCUUUUGACCCCUAGUGGUCCAUCAGUUUUGUUUCAGUGUCUGUAAAAUAAUUUUUUUAAAAAAAUAAUAAUCAUACAGCAUCUAGCACAGCGCAUUAAAAUUGCUACAAAAGACCAACAAAUCAUUGAGUGGUCCCUCAGGAAUUUUCAAAUGGUCCAUGGGAAGAAAUGUUCUGGAACCAAUGCUCUAGAUGAGAUGUUAGAAUCAGUGGGUGAACUAGCUAGAGCAGCAGCUGAUUAAUUGCUGGAGGCCAAACUGCAUCUGUGAGGACAAAUUUUAAUUAGUCAGGCUGAGAGAAGAUAACUUUCCUCGUAAGAGCAAAUGGCAGGCUUUUGUUCUUUUGGUGUUGGUAACUUAGGCAUCAUUAAAAAUCUCCAGAUGCAUACACACAAUAUAGAUCAACACAAUUCAGUGAUUAUAAAUUUAUACAAGUCAUUGAUUAAUGAUACAUUGACUAAAGAAUUAUUUAGGUCAGCAGUUGCAAUUAAAAUUCUACCUAUUUUUGUUAAUUUUUCAUCUACAGUUUCCACCUGCAACUUUCUAUCAGCAAUAGGUAUUUUUUAGCACUUAUCCUUCAAAUUGUGACCCACCAAGCCAAACACAACCCACUUUUCAUAAAGAGAAAUAUAAAUAUGCCAUAUUUGGGGGGGGGGGAUGAUCUACAGUUCUUUUAUAUAUGAGGAGUUGUCCACAACUCUGCCAUAUCUCCAUAGACCUCUAUCCUGUUAGGCAGAUUUCCCUAAUAACUAUAACUGUGGUUAGCUGAAAACAGAAGCAAAAAUGUCUGAUCUUCCCAUGUCCAUGCCAACAGGGGAGAAGGCAUGGAGUAGUGUGUGAACCCAGGCCUUACCCAGCCUUGUUGCCAUAAUGGCAAAGUAUGGUUUAGCAUUAAGUCUGAAUGCAGCCACUCAGGCUUCAUUUAGUCUUGCCUUCCUUGUUAUGUUGUGUUUUAAUGUUGUAACACAUCCUGGGACCUUAGCUUGAAGAGCAGUUAAUAAACAUAACAACAACAACAACAACAACAACGCAACUUGCUUGCCUGCAGAAAACCAUUAUAUAAAAUAAUUGUAAUUGCUUCAUUAAACUUCUCUUUAUUAGUGUUUUUCUUAUGCAUUAUCCUUGUGAGAUUUGCAGCCUUGGAUUCACAGCUGGGGUCUACCUGGGGGUCCCUGAUGUAGUACAAUUGAAGAAUGGACCUAUUGACUCCCUCUGCUGGGCUAACUGAUAAUUCCCUUCUUGUAGCCUUUUCAAUCACCUCAUACUAGGAGAGUAGCCAGUGGCCGUGCUCCCAGUUCUAGGGGAAUCAGAGCUCUGAGCAUCAGAAGUAAAAUAUGUGGAGAGCUACAAAACAGAUGAAGGAAACUAUGGAAAAUGGACAUACCCUACAGACAGUUAGUCAGUGGACUGCUGAACUGGACAUCUCUACAAGUGCUGAUUUUGCUGGAAUUUAAGCAUGUCUAAUAUUCUCCAGAGCAGAAGUAGAGAAGCUAAUUUUCAGCCUCAGGUCCACAUUACUUCAUGGGCAACUUUUUGGGGUCACAUGCCAGAGCCCUUAGUUUUGCUUAAAUUGUGUGAAUAGUUUUCAAAUUGAUCCUGCAUGCAUACAGAGUUUUUGAUCCCUGGAGGUCCCGACUUGUACCCUCUUUUAUGUGCCACUGUUAGCUUGCAUGAAGACAGCUACAUUUGAUCUGAAAUAGCCAUUAGUUCUUCUUUUGGAUUUCUGGAACUGAUGGUUCUCCUCAUUACAUUACAGGAAACCUACAAUGCUGAGUGUGAGUUUGUGGAAAGGAUUCACGAGCUAGGCUAUAAUACGUAUGCAUCCCGCAUAUACCGGACUGUGCCCAAUGGAGCCAGCGGUAGGCGCAAAGCUAGCGCUGAGAGACUCUGGUAUGUCUCCAUCAAUGGGAAAGGACGACCCAGAAGAAGCUUCAAAACCCGUCGGACCCAGAAAUCUUCUCUCUUUUUGCCGCGGGUGUUGGAUAACAAAGACCAUGAUAUGGUCCGACUAUUCCAUACAAAUGCUAAGUACAGAGAGAGCCUGCUAAAGCCUCCGAGCAAGAACCAGAGGAGACGCAGAGGACACUAA